UGAAGAGUUUCCAGAAAGACAUCCUCAGACUGAUGAUGGAUGGGAUCAAGAUCAGUUUGGUUAGUGUUGGUUAGUGUUGGGUUAGUGUUGGUUAGUGUUGGUUAGUGUUUGUUAGUGUUGGUUAUAAUCACAGUUGGGGGGGGCGAACUCCAUUUCCAUUCAGUCAAUUUGGAAAGUAAACUAAAAUGAUGAAUUGGAUUUUCAGUUUGCUUCUUGAAUUGUGAAGUUACAGUGUGUUAGAACUACCUCUGAAUAUUAAUGGGACCAAUAGAGGGAGGCUCAUGGGGAGUGAGGAGCUCCGCUUUCUACCCACAAAACUGGGAUUAAAUGUAGAAGCCAGACAACAUAGUUUAAAAUGGAUAGAACAGUAUAUCCCCAAGCAACGUGGAGAGGGUGAGCGGUCCAGGGUAGGGGAGGGAAUGGCCGGCAGGGAUGUAGCUCAGUUGGUAGAGCAUGGCGUUUGCAACGCCAGGGUUGUGGGUUCGAUUCCCACGGGGGGCCAGUAUGAAAAAAUAAAUAAAAUAAAAUAAUGUAUGCACUCACUAACUGUAAGUCGCUCUGGAUAAGAGCGUCUGCUAAAUGACUAAAAUGUAAAAUGUUUGCAACUGCACAUGGGGACAAAGAUAAUAUUUUUUGCGAAUAGUCCGGGUAGUCAUGAUUAGCUGUUCAGGAGUCUUAUGGCUUGGGGGUAGAAGCUGUUAAGAAGCCUUUUGGACCUAGACUUGGAGCUCCGGUACCGCUUGCCGUGCCUUAGCAGAGAGAACAGUCUAUGACUAGGGUGGUUGGAGUCUUUGACAAUUUUUAGGGCCUUCCUCUGACACCGCCUGGUAUAGAGGUCCUGGAUGGCAGGAAGCUUGGCCCCGGUGAUGUACUGGGCCGUACGCACUACCCUCUGUAGUGCCUUGCGGUCGGUGGCCGAGCAGUUGCUAUACCAGGCGGUGAUGCAACCAGUCAGGAUGCUCUCGGUGGUGCAGCUGUAUAACUUUUUGAGGAUCUGAGGACCCAUGCCAAAUCUUUUCAGUCUCCUGAGGGGGAAAAGGCUUUGGCCUCUUCACGACUGAUAUACCUGACCAAUAUUGAAAACUCAAUGCCCCCCUUGCUAUAAAUAUUUUCAGAAUACUCUAAAAUCUCAGGAUAUAAAAUGUACUUGAAAAAAAAAAAAUGGCAAUAAGAAAAAGAAUAAGUCACGAUUUACAGAAAUCCUUUAAGUGGACCACAACAAAUAUCAAAUACUUAGGAUGCUUAAUAAGUGACAACAAACAACAGAUAUUUAAAGAUAAACUGUAGUCCAUUACUCAACAAUAUGAAAGCAGAUCUAAUUAAAUGGAACCAUCUUCCCAAUAAAGGUUACAGGUAGAAUUCAGGAUAGCAUGGCUCCUAAAGUUUUUGAAUUUAUUUUUUGAUAAUACCAAUUACCCAACCGAAGACAUUCUUUAAAAAAGUAUUCUAGGUCAUAAGACUUUAUAUGGGGAAAUACAAUUCAUAGAAUAAAAAUGAUUUUUACAUCUUCCUGAGUCCGAGGGUGGUUAUAACCUUCCAGACUUGGAAUUGUAUCAACUCGCCACCCAAGGUUUUUACUAGAGACAUAUAGUUAAAUGCGCUAAAGAGGAAACAAUGGGUCCAUAUUGAGGAUGUUCAUGCUCAUCCCCAGAAUCUUUUUACGUGUCUAUUUUCAAAGGAUAAAGCUAAGAACAUUAACAACUUCAUAGUUAAAAACACUAUAACAAUAUGGAAGAAAACUAAACGUAUUCUACAAUAACCAAUAUCGCUCCAUAAAAACACAACCCUAUGGAACAAUCCUUGGAUAGCUUUUCAGAAUUCACAGAUAAAUUGGUCCACAUGAAAAACUUAAAGGCAUAGAAUCCGUAAAUGACUUGGUAACAGGAAAUAAAUGUAUUUCCAUGACAGAAUUAAAAAGCAAUUUUGGACUGAUCAAUGCAGAUACAGUGGGGAGAACAAGUAUUUGAUACACUGCCGAUUUUGCAGGUUUUCCUACUUACAAAGCAUGUAGAGGUCUGUAAUUUUUUAUCAUAGGUACACUUCAACUGUGAGAGACGGAAUCUAAAACAAAAAUCCAGAAAAUCACAUUGUAUGAUUUUAAAAUAAUUAAUUUGCAUUUUAUUGCAUGACUUAAGUAUUUGAUCACCUACCAACCAGAAAAAAUUCCGGCUCUCACAGACCUGUUCGUUUUUCUUUAGGUAGCCCUCCUGUUCUCCACUCAUUACCUGUAUUAACUGCACCUGUUUGAACUCGUUACCUGUAUAAAAGACACCUGUCCACACACUCAAUCAAACAGACUCCAACCUCUCCACAAUGGCCAAGACAAGAGAGCUGUGUAAGGACAUCAGGGAUAAAAUUGUAGACCUGCACAAGGCUGGGAUGGGCUACAGGACAAUAGGCAAGCAGCUGGUGAGAAGGCAACAACUGUUGGCACAAUUAUUAGAAAAUGGAAGAAGUUCAAGAUGACGGUCAAUCACCCUCGGUCUGGGGCUCCAUGCAAGAUCUCACCUCGUGGGGCAUCAAUGAUCAUGAGGAAGGUGAGGGAUCAGCCCAGAACUACACGGCUGGACCUGGUCAAUGACCUGAAGAGAGCUGGGACCACAGUCUCAAAGAAAACCAUUAGUAACACACUACGCCAUCAUGGAUUAAAUCCUGCAGCGCACGCAAGGUCCCCCUGCUCAAGCCAGCGCAUCUCCAGGCCCGUCUGAAGUUUGCCAAUGACCAUCUGGAUGAUCCAGAGGAGGAAUGGGAGAAGGCCAUGUGGUCUGAUGAGACAAAAAUAUAGCUUUUUGGUCUAAACUCCACUCGCCGUGUUUGGAGGAAGAAGAAGGAUGAGUACAACCCCAAGAACACCAUCCCAACCGUGAAGCAUGGAGGUGGAAACAUCAUUCUUUGGGGAUGCUUUUCUGCAAAGGGGACAGGACGACUGCACCGUAUUGAGGGGAGGAUGGAUGGGGCCAUGUAUCGCGAGAUCUUGGACAACAACCUUCCCUCAGUAAGAGCAUUGAAGAUGGGUCGUGGCUGGGUCUUCCAGCAUGACCACGACCCGAAACACACAGCCAGGGCAACUAAGGAGUGGCUCCGUAAGAAGCAUCUCAAGGUCCUGGAGUGACCUAGCCAGUCUCCAGACCUGAACCCAAUAGAACAUCUUUGGAGGGAGCUGAAAGUCUGUAUUGCCCAGCGACAGCCCCGAAACCUGAAGGAUCUGCAGAAGGUCUGUAUGGAGGAGUGGGCCAAAAUCCCUGCUGCAGUGUGUGCAAACCUGGUCAAGACCUACAGGAAACGUAUGAUCUCUGUAAUUGCAAACAAUGGUUUCUGUACCAAAUAUUAAGUUCUGCUUUUCUGAUGUAUCAAAUACUUAUGUCAUGCAAUAAAAUGCAAAUGAAUUACUUAAAAAUCAUACAAUGUGAUUUUCUGUAUUUUUGUUUUAGAUUCCGUCUCUCACAGUUGAAGUGUCCCUAUGAUAAAAAAUUACAGACCUCUACAUGCUUUGUAAGUAGGAAAACCUGCAAAAUCGGCAGUGUAUCAAAUACUUGUUCUCCCCACUGUAUUUUCACAUUUGCAUUUCACAAAAUUUCGAUUUGAAAUCUUUCGGACGUCAGAGCAACCUUGAGGGAAUCUUAUUUGCUUCAGAAAAGGAUGUUCCUAUGAUAGGUAAGAUAUGCAAAACCUUGCAGAGAUCCUAUCCAACUGACAACCUCUUAGAAGAAAAUAUUAGCUAUUGGAACCAAGACUUUAAAUAACUGAUAUUGGCACAAUAUGGAGAGCAUAACUAAUAGAAUUACAGUUAGCUAAAAUUUUACAAAUUCUACAACGACAGAGUCAUGUCUAGUGUUAUUACUCAAUAAGCUUUCUGGGAACGUUAUGGGCGGAGCUAGAAAGUUGGCUGUCAGAAGUACUACAAUGUAAAUGUACUUUUAAUCCGUCUGUCUGCAUAUUUCAAGACAUGGCAUAUGGGGGUGUAGUGAGAUACCCGAUGGGCUGGACGAUUCUCUCCUCAUCACUCAUCUUGAAAAAACGUAUAAUAAAAACGUGGAAAUCAAUCAUUCCACCAUCAUUGACACAACAAAAAAAAUGUAAUGAUUUAUUAUUGAAAUGGCACGGACGACCGAGAAAAACAAAUUGGUAACAUUUUAAGGCCAUGUGGCAAACAAUAAUACAGGUACUAGGGAUGGAGGUCUGAGCAUGUGGGUCUGGGCAGGGAUGGAGGUCUGGGCAGGGAUGGAGGUCUGGCAUGUGGGUCUGGGCAGGGAUGGAGGUCUGAGCAUGUGGGUCUGGGCAGGGAUGGAGGUCUGAGCAUGUGGGUCUGGGCAGGGAUGGAGGUCUGAGCAUGUGGGUCUGGGCAGGGAUGGAGGUCUGGGCAUGUGGAUCUGGGCAGGGAUGGAGGUCUGAGCAAGUGGGUCUGGGCAGGGAUGGAGGUCUGGGCAUGUGGGUCUGGGCAGAGGAGAUGUAGUCAUUGUUUGUGUGUGUCUGUCAGUUGUUGUUCGAAUGUGCAUGUCUCUAGCUGGUGUAAAAAAAUAGGAAAAAAAUAUGAUACAAAAAAAUACUCAACUGACUUCCUCUAUGGUUGUUCUUCCAGGGCAGUACGGGUCGUGGCGGGGCCCCCAGGCAGCAGUGGAGGAGGAUCCUGUGGUCGUGUCGGGACACCUUCAGGGUUCAGAUCGGACGUCUCCUGGUGCACACCCUCUCCCCUGCAUUACCCCUCAGGGACAGGAAGGAGGUUCUUGAGUUUGUGUUCGACCCUGCAUACCUUGAAAUCCUCAGGGAGAGCCUCAGCCCCGGGUUAGAGGUAAGAGGUCAGAGGUCAGGGGUCACUGUCAGGGUUAGGGCUGAGCCCAGACAUCCUCGGGGAGAGCCACAGCGCCAGGUUUAAGGUGAGAGGUCGGGGGUCGCUAUCAGGGUUAGGGCUGACCCCAGACAUCCUCGGGGAGAGCCACAGCGCCAGGUUUAAGGUGAGAGGUCGGGGGUCGCUAUCAGGGUUAGGGCUGACCCCAGACAUCCUCGGGGAGAGCCACAGCGCCAGGUUUAAGGUGAGAGGUCGGGGGUCGCUAUCAGGGUUAGGGCUGACCCCAGACAUCCUCGGGGAGAGCCACAGCGCCAGGUUUAAGGUGAGAGGUCGGGGGUCGCUAUCAGGGUUAGGGCUGACCCCAGACAUCCUCGGGGAGAGCCACAGCGCCAGGUUUAAGGUGAGAGGUCGGGGGUCGCUAUCAGGGUUAGGGCUGACCCCAGACAUCCUCGGGGAGAGCCACAGCGCCAGGUUUAAGGUGAGAGGUCGGGGGUCGCUAUCAGGGUUAGGGCUGACCCCAGACAUCCUCGGGGAGAGCCACAGCGCCAGGUUUAAGGUGAGAGGUCGGGGGUCGCUGUCAGGGUUAGGGCUGACCCCAGACAUCCUCAGGGAGAGCCACAGCCCCGGGUUUAAGGUGAGAGGUAUGGGGUCGCUGUCAGGGUUAGGGCUGAGCCCAGACAUCCUCGGGGAGAGCCACAGCGCCAGGUUUAAGGUGAGAGGUCGGAUGUCGCUGUUAGGGUCAGGGUUAGGGCUGAGCCCAGACAUCCUCGGGGAGAGCCACAGCGCCAGGUUUAAGGUGAGAGGUCGGAUGUCGCUGUUAGGGUUAGGGUUAGGUGCUGACCCCAGACAUUCUCAGGGAGAGCCCCAGGUUGAAGGUGACAGGUCAGAGGUCGAGAGAGAGGAUGAGAUAUAGAGAGAGUGAUCGAGAGAGAGGGCAAGAUCGAAAGAGAGAAAAUGAGUCUCUCAUGUUGCCAUCUUAUGGGGGGGUUACUGUAGGUCAGUCUCAUGUUCCCAUGUACGUUCAGUAGAGGUCCAGCUGCCAGGGCCUUGGCUCUCAAAUAACCCAGAGACACAUCUUCAUACUCCUAGUUACCAUGGCAGCCUGGUCUGUAUUACUGUUCCUCCUCCAGGGUGGUUACUGGAGGUCAGACUGUUCCUCCUCCAGGGGGUGGUUACUGUAGGUCAGACUGUUCCUCCUCCAGGGGGUGGUUACUGGAGGUCAGACUGUUCCUCCUCCAGGGUGGUUACUGGAGGUCAGACUGUUCCUCCUCCAGGGGGUGGUUACUGGAGGUCAGACUGUUCCUCCUCCAGGGGGUGGUUACUGGAGGUCAGACUGUUCCUCCUCCAGGGGGUGGUUACUGGAGGUCAGACUGUUCUUCCUCCAGGGGGUGGUUACUGGAGGUCAGACUGUUCCUCCUCCAGGGUGGUUACUGGAGGUCAGACUGUUCCUCCUCCAGGGGGUGGUUACUGGAGGUCAGACUGUUCCUCCUCCAGGGGGUGGUUACUGGAGGUCAGACUGUUCCUCCUCCAGGGGGUGGUUACUGGAGGUCAGACUGUUCCUCCUCCAGGGUGGUUACUGGAGGUCAGACUGUUCCUCCUCCAGGGUGGGUUACUGGAGGUCAGACUGUUCCUCCUCCAGGGUGGUUACUGGAGGUCAGACUGUUCCUCCUCCAGGGUGGUUACUGGAGGUCAGACUGUUCCUCCUCCAGGGGGUGGUUACUGGAGGUCAGACUGUUCCUCCUCCAGGGGGUGGUUACUGGAGGUCAGACUGUUUCUCCUCCAGGGGGUGGUUACUGGAGGUCAGACUGUUCCUCCUCCGGGGGUGGUUACUGGAGGUCAGACUGUUCCUCCUCCAGGGGGUGGUUACUGGAGGUCAGACUGUUCCUCCUCCAGGGGGUGGUUACUGGAGGUCAGACUGUUCCUCCUCCAGGGGGUGGUUACUGGAGGUCAGACUGUUCCUCCUCCAGGGUGGUUACUGGAGGUCAGACUGUUCCUCCUCCAGGGUGGGUUACUGGAGGUCAGACUGUUCCUCCUCCAGAGGGUGGUUACUGGAGGUCAGACUGUUCCUCCUCCAGGGGGUGGUUACUGGAGGUCAGACUGUUCCUCCUCCAGGGGGUGGUUACUGGAGGUCAGACUGUUCCUCCUCCAGGGGGUGGUUACUGGAGGUCAGACUGUUCCUCCUCCAGGGGGUGGUUACUGGAGGUCAGACUGUUCCUCCUCCAGGGUGGUUACUGGAGGUCAGACUGUUCCUCCUCCAGGGGGUGGUUACUGGAGGUCAGACUGUUCCUCCUCCAGGGGGUGGUUACUGGAGGUCAGACUGUUCCUCCUCCAGGGUGGGUUACUGGAGGUCAGACUGUUCCUCCUCCAGGGGGUGGUUACUGGAGGUCAGACUGUUCCUCCUCCAGGGUGGGUUACUGGAGGUCAGACUGUUCCUCCUCCAGGGUGGUUACUGGAGGUCAGACUGUUCCUCCUCCAGGGGGUGGUUACUGGAGGUCAGACUGUUCCUCCUCCAGGGUGGGUUACUGGAGGUCAGACUUGUCGGUGGUAGAUGAAGGGAGGGAUGGACCCCUGCCCAUCAUCCACUUAGUCUUAGAUAGACGUCAGUCAGUUUGACUAAGGCCAUUUGUAGAUCAAUAAUCCCGAACAGUCCGACUGCAGUCAAUCUCAAACACGCACAUUGACUCACGAACCCUUCUCCUCUCCCUUCUCCUCUCCCUCUCUCCUCUCCCUCUCUCCCUCUCUCCUCUCUCCCUUCUCCUCUCCCUCUUCCUCUCCCUCUCUCCUCUCCCUCUCUCCUCUCUCCCUUCUCCUCUCCCUCUCUCUCUCUCCUCUCCCUCUCUCCUCUCUCCCUCUCUCCUCUCCCUCUCUCCUCUCCCUAUCUCCUCUCUCCCUUCUCCUCUCUCAGCACGGUCCCAAGCUGGCCAUGUAUCUGUAUGAGAUGCUCCAUGACCACAAAGAUGCUCUGACCAAAGAGGAGCAGACUGCUGUGGGCAUGUUCAUGACAGCACUGAAGCUGUGUGGUCAUCGCUGCAUCCCGCCCAGCGCACCGCACAAACCAGACCUGCUCAAGGCUAUCAAAGAGGUAACCUUUCCCCUAACUUUAUAAAACAGGGGUGAACAAACUACCACCCGUGGGCCGGAUCCAGCCCGGGGGAGUUAAAAGAUAUAUAUAUAUAUACAGUACCAGUCAAAAGUUUGGACACACCUACUCAUUCCAGGGUUUUUCUUUAUUUUUACUAUUUUUUACAUGUUAGAAGAAUAGUGAAGACAUCAAAACUAUGAAAUAACACAUAUGGAAUCAUGUAGUAACCAAAACAGACCCAGAGUUACCUCUGCUGCAGAGGAUAAGUUCAUUAGAGUUACCAGCUUCAGAAAUUGCUGCCCAAAUAAAUGCUUCACAGAGUUCAAGUAACAGACACAUCUCAACAUCAACUGUUCAGAGGGGACUGUGUGAAUCAGGCCUUCAUGGUCGAAUUGCUGCAAAGAAACCACUACUAAAGGACACCAAUAAGAAGAAGAGACUUGCUUGGGCCAAGAAACACGAGCAAUGGACAUUAGACCGGUGGAAAUCUGUCCUUUGGUCUGAUGAGUCCAAAUUGGAGAUUUUUGGUUCCAACCGCCGUGGCUUUGUGAGACGCAGUGUAAGUGAACGGAUGAUCUCUGCAUGUGUGGUUCCCACCGUGAAGCAUUGAGGAGGAGGGGUGGGGGUGCUUUGCUGGUGACACUGUCUGUGAUUUAUUUAGAAUUCAAGGCACACUUAACCAGCAUGGCUACCAUAGCAUUCUGCAGCGAUACGCCAUCCCAUCUGGUUUGGGCUUAGUGGGACUAUCAUUUGUUUUUCAACAGGACAAUGACCCAACACACCUCCAGGCUGUGUAAGGGCUAUUUGACCAAGAAGAAGAGUGAUGGAGUGCUGCAUCAGAUGACCUGGCCUCCACAAUCCCCCAAUCUCAACCCAAUUGAGAUGGUUUGGGAUGAGUUGCACCGCAGAGUGAAGGAAAAGCAUCCAACAACUGCUCAGCAUAUGUGGGAGCUCCUUCUAGACUGUUGGAAAAGCCUUCCAGGUGAAGCUGGUUGAGAGAAUGUCAACAGUGUGCAAAGCUGUCAUCAAGGCAAAGGGUGGCUACUUUGAAGAAUCUCAAAUAUAAAAUAUAUUUUGAUUUGUUUAACACUUUUUUGGUUGCUACAUGAUUCCAUAUGUGUUAUUUCAUAGUUUUGAUGUCUUCACUAUUAUUCUACAAUGUAGAAAAUAGUCAAAAUUUGGAAAAACCCUGGAAUGAGUAGGUGUGUCCAAACUUUUGACUGGUACUGUGUAUUCCAUAGAUCUUCAAUUCAUAAACUGGGUGUUUAUUUGCUGAAAUCACUGAACACAACAGGCGCUUAUUAGAGACAGGCUUCUAUAUGAGCCAGCCAUCUAUUUCCUUAAUCAAUCAAUCAAUCAAAUUUGAUUUAUAAAGCCCUUUUUACAUCAGCAGAUGUCACAAAGUGCUAUACAGAAACCCAGCCUAAAACCUCAAUCAGCAAGCAAUGCAGAUGUAGAAGCACGGUGGAUAGGAAAAACUCCCUAGAAAGGCAGAAACCUAGGAAGAAACCUAGAGAGGACCCAGGUUCUGAGGGGUGGCCAGUCCUCUUCUGGCUGUGCCGGGUGGAGAUUAUAACAGUACAUGGCCAUUAAGGCCAGAUUUGUCUCCAAGAUGUUCAAACGUUCAUAGAUGACCAGCAGGGUCAAAUAAUAAUCACAGUGGUUGUAGAGGUUGCAACAGGUCAGUACAUCAGGAGUAAAUGUCACUUGGCCUUUCAUAGCCGGGCAUUUAGAGGUUGAAAUAGCAGGUGCAGUAGAGAGAGAGAGUUGAAAACAGCAGGUCUGGGACAAGGUAGCACGUCCGGUGAACAGGUCAGCGUUCCCUAGCUGCAGGCAGAAGAGUGGAAACUGGAGCAGCAGCACGACCAGGUGGACUGGGGACAGCAAGGAGUCAUCAGGCCAGGUAGUCCUGAGGCAUGGUCCUAGGGCUCAGGUCCUCCGGGAGGGGAGGGAGAGAGGGAGAGGACUGGGGACAGCCAGGAGUCAUCAGGCCAGGUAGUCCUGAGGCAUGGUCCUAGGGCUCAGGUCCUCCGAGAAGGGGAGGGAGAGAGAGAGAGAGAGAUAAUUAGAGAGAGCAUACUUAAAUUUACACAGGACACUAGAUAAGACAGGAGAUUUACACCAGAUAUAGCAAACUGACCCUAACCCCCCGGCACAUAGAGAAUUGCAGCAUAGAUACUGGAGGCUGAGACAGGGGGUCGGGAGACACCGUGGCCCCGUCUGAAGAUACCCCCAGACAGGGCCAACCAGGCAGGAUAUAACCCCACCCACUUUGCCAAAGCACAGCCCCCACACCACCAGAGGGAUAUCAACAGACCACCAACCUACUACCCUGAGACAAGGCUGAGUAUAGCCCACAAAGAUCUCCUCCACUGCACGAGCCCGAGGGGGCGACAAACCGGACAGGAAGAUAACGUCUUCCUGUCCGAUAUAGGCCGAUAGCAAUCUCACUGGAAUAAACGAAGGCAAACACCGCCAUGUUUAGUAUUGCUCAACCCAGAUCGAGGCACAGACACGGUCUCAACGGGGAUAGCUGAGCUGACUACACUGACUGUGCUAGUGGCAGACUCCACCAAGCUGGCAGGCUGACCUGCACCCUGUCUCGUUGUGGAGCUUCAUGUAAACAACAUUGUUUGCAUAGUUAAUUGUUUAUUUCCAGCAUUCACUUCCAGCAUAAUCAGUCUUCAUUUCCUGUUAUCAUUUACACCCUGUCACGUUUCUUUUCUUAGGAUGGCUAAAAAAUAUACAAAAUAUUAGUUGACAGAAUAAUUAUUAUCUUCUUUUACUGUAUUUUCUGCAGUUCUUACUUUCACCACUAGAGGGCGAUCAGACAAAUCCUGGGGGUCUGUACUCCUGAAGCUUUUGACUGUUUCUGUUCUUGCCAGUUAGCUAGCAGUUCUCUGUUAGCCAGUUAGCUAGCAGUUCUCUGUUAGCCAGUUAGCUAGCAGUUCUCUGUUAGCCAGUUAGCUAGCAGUUCUCUGUUAGCCAGUUAGCUAGCAGUUCUCUGUUAGCCAGUUAGCUAGCAGUUCUCUGUUAGCCAGUUAGCUAGCAGUUCUCUGUUAGCCAGUUAGCUAGCAGUUCUCUGUUAGCCAGUUAGCUAGCAGUUCUCUGUUAGCCAGUUAGCUAGCAGUUCUCUGUUAGCCAGUUAGCUAGCAGUUCUCUGUUAGCCAGUUAGCUAGCAGUUCUCUGUUAGCCAGUUAGCUAGCAGUUCUCUGUUAGCCAGUUAGCUAGCAGUUCUCAGCUGUGUGUCUUACUGCCGAUAAAAAUAGAUGAUUGACGUCAUUUGAGUCAUUACUGAAUUAUUUAAUGUAACAAAUCAAACAUUAAACCUCGUAAACAAUUCAUGGUAAUUCAUGGUAACCUCGUAAACAAUUCAUUUAGACCAGGCAUUUAUUUGAAACAGGCAUUUGCUGAAAUGUGUCCCGUUACCCUGCUAUUAAAAGGGGCAGGCGGUUAUUUGAGACUCAACGUUUCAUUUAUAUACUGAAACAUGUAAAGUGUUGUUUCAUGAGCUGAAAUAAAAGAUCCCAGAAAUGUUAUGGUAUGGGCAGGCAUAAGCUACAGACAGCGAACACAAUUGCAUUUUAUGGAUGGCAAUCUGAAUGCACGGAGAUACCGUGACGAGAGGCCCAUUGUCGUGCCAUUCAUCCGCUGCCAUCACCUCAUGUUUCAGCAUGAUAAUGCACGGCCCCGUGUCGCAAGGAUCUGUACACAAUUCCUGGAAGCUGAAAAUGUCUGAGUUCUUCCAUGGCCUGCAUACUCACCAGACAUGUCACCCAUUGAAGUGUACGACAGCGUGUUCCAGUUUACGCCAAUAUCCAGCAACUUCACACAGCCAUUGAAGAGGAGUGGGACAACAUUCCACAGGCCACAAUCAACAGCCUGAUCAACUCUAUGCGAAGGAGAUGUGUCGCGCUGCAUGAGGCAAAUGGUGGUCACACCAGAUACUGACUGGUUUUCUGAUCCACGCCCCUACCGUUUUUUAAAGGUAUCUGUGACCAACAGAUGCAUGUCUGUAUUCCCAGUCAUGUGAAAUCCAUAGAUUAGGGCCUAAUUAAUUUAUUCCAAUUGAGGGCGGCAGGUAGUUUAGUGGUUAAGAGCAUUGUGCCAGUAACCGAAAGGUCGCUGGUUCUAAUCCCCGAGCCGACUAGGUGAAAAAUCUGUCGAUGUGCCCUUAAGCAAGGCACUUAACCCUAAUUGCUCCUGUAAGUCGCUCUAGAUAAGAGCGUCUGAUAAAUGACUAAAAUGUCAAUGUAAAAUUACUGAUAUCCUCAUAUGAACUGUAACUCAGUAAAAUCUGUUGAAGUUGUUGCAUGUUGCAUUUCUUUUGUUGGUUCAGUGUAAAUUAUUAUUUUGGGUUAACAAAACACCCCAGCUCUUGAACGUCUAAAAUUAGAUAAAAAGUACGUAGAAGUUAUAAUGGACCUACACUGAGUUUACAAAACAUUUGGAACGCCUUCCUAAUAUUGAGUUGGGUUAGGGUUUCCUGUGUUUAUCAAGAAUGGUCCACCACUCCAAGGACAUCCAGCCAACUUGACAGAACUGUGGGAAGCUUUGGAGUCAACAUGGGCCAGCAUCCCUGUGGAAUGCUCAGACAAAACCCUAACCCUAUAACAUAUCUUACUUAACCCUAUAACAGCACCUACUUAACCCUAUAACAUCACUUACUUAACCCUAGCCCUAUAACAUCACUUACUUAACCCUAGCCCUAUAACAUAUCUUACUUAACCCUAACCGUAUAACAUCUCUUACGGAACCCGAGAACAGAGCGACGGAACCGAACCGAGAAACAGCACGGACGGAACCCGAGAACAGAGCGGACGGAACCGGAACCCGAGAAAGCACGGACGGAACCCGAACCCGAGAAAAAGCACGGACGGAACCCGAACCCGAGAACAGCACGGACGGAACCGGAACCCGAGAACAGCACGGACGGAACCCGAACCCGAGAACAGCACGGACGGAACGGAACCCGAGAACAGCGCGGACGGAAACCCGAUGAACAGCACGGACGGAACCCGAACCCGAGAACAGCGCGGACGGAACCCGAGAACAGCGCGGACGGACGAACCCGAGAACAGCGCGGAGCGGGCCCGAACCCGAGAACAGCGCGGGGACCCGAACCAGAGAACAGCGGACGGGACCCGGAAACCCGAGAACACGCGGACGGAACCCGAACGAGCGAGGAACCGAGACAGCGGACGGAACCCGAGAACAGCAGCGACCCGAACCGAGACAGCGCGACGGAACCGAACCCGAGAACAGCGCGGACGGAACCCGAACGAGGACCGAGAACAGCGGACGGAACCCGAACCCGAGAACAGCGCGGACGGAACCCGAGAAACAACGCGGACGGAAACCCGAGAACAGAGCGGACGGAACCCGAACCCGAGAACAGGCGGACGGAACCGAGAACAGCGCGACGGAACCCGAGAACAGCGCGGACGAACCCGAACAGGAGAAAGCGCUGACGAACCCGAGAACAGCGGGACGGAACCCGAACCCGAGAACAGAGCGGACGGAACCGAACCCGAAACAGCGCGGACGGAACCCGAACCCGAGAACAGCGCGGACGGAACCCGAGAACAGAGCGGACGUGAACCCGAACCCGAAACAGCGCGGACUGAACCCGAGAACACGCGGACGGAACCCGAACCAGAGAACAGCGCGACGGAACCCGAAACACCGGACUUAACCCGAACCCAAACAUCCGGACGAACCCGAACCCGAGAACAAGCGGACGAACCGAGAACAGAGCGGACGGAACCCGAACCCGAGAACAUCACGACGGAACCCGAACCCGAUAACAUGCUCGACGGAACCCGAGAACAGCCUACGGAACCCGAACCCGAGACACGCGUACUGAACCCUAACCGAGAACCACGCUGACGGUAACCAGAACACUCUUACUAACCCUAUAAAUCUCGUACAACCCAUAACACGCUAUUAACCCAACCCUUAAACAUCUCUUACUUAACCCUAUAACAUCUCUUACUUAACCCUAACCCUAUAACAUCUCUUACUUAACCCUAUAACAUCUCUUACUUAACCUAACCCUAUAACAUCUCUUACUUAACCCUAACCCUAUAACAUCACUAGCCAGUCUAGCCAACGGUUAAACUCUGGAGCUAGAACUGUCUUGAUGAGUCCUGGUUUAUUUUCUCCAACAACCCAAGGGCUGAUCUAUCUACCUGAUUAUUGGAAGUCCCAGCCUUGACCCGUUUCAUCUCGCAGGUCUCACUCUUGUCCCGUUUCAUCUCGCAGGUCUCACUCUUGUCCCGUUUCAUCUCGCAGGUCUCACUCUUGUCCCGUUUCAUCUCACAGGUCUCACUCUUGUCCCGUUUCAUCUCACAGGAACAGUUGAAAUACGAGGUGGAAGAGAAGAGCAGUAAGCUGGCCUGGGAGAAAAAGAUUUCCAACACACAGAAAAGGUGAAGGAUGAUUGGUUCGUUAGACUCCAGAGCCGUGUCUUACUUCCUGUCAAACUACCUUGCUUUCCCCCGUUCUUGUUUCCUCCAUUCCUCUCAAAGCUCAUUGGAGGAGGAGGUCAGAGGGAGGGACCUUGGAAUGGAUCCUCAGCGCCCAUGUACUUUGAGAGGAAUUCAGAAACCAAGGACAGAGGCAAAGAGUGACCAUUGUUUUAUACUAAUGCAUUGUCCAUCUCUCUCCCUUCUCCAGUCUGAUCCAGCGUCUGGACGGUAAGUCCAAGGACAUCUCUAAGAUCGCAGCCGACAUCACCCAGAAUGUGUCACUGAGACAGGGUAUGGAGAGAAAGAAAGUCAUCCAACACAUCAGAGGGCUCUAUAAGAUGGACCUCAGUGCCUCAAGACACUGGCAGGAACUGGUUCAGACACUCACACACGACCGGUGAGGACUGGGGAGGGGGGGGGUGUCACACUGAGUUACACUGGGGAGGGGGGGGGGGGGGGGGGGGUCACACAGAGUUACACUGGAGGGGGAGGUGGGGGGGGGGGGGGGGUCACACAGAGUUACACUGGGGGGGUCACACUGGGGGAGGGGGGGGGGGGUCACACAGAGUUACACUGGGGGGGGGGGUCUCACUGAGUUAUACUGGGGAGGGGAGUCACUGGGCAGCUCACGGCUGUGCUUCCCUUUGUAGUCUGUAACAGUUUGCAAGCCCUGCCACAUCCGACGAGCGUCAGAGCCAGUGUAAUACGAUUCAAUCUUAGUCCUGUAUUGACUCUUUGCCUCUUUGAUGGUUCGUUGGAGGGCAUAGCGGGAUUUCUUAUACAGUUGAAGUCGGAAGUUUACAUACACUUAGGUUGGAGUCAUUAAAACUUGUUUUUCAACCACUCCACAAAUCUUGUUAACAAACUAUAGUUUUGCAAGUCGGUUAGGACAUCUACUUUGUGCAUGACACAAGUAAUUUUUCCAACAAUUGUUUACAGACAGAUUAUUUCACUUAUUAUUCACUGUAUCACAAUUCCAGUGGGUCAGAAGUUUACAUACACUAAGUUGACUGUGCCUUUAAACAGCUUGGAGAAUUCCAGAAAAUGUUUUCAUGGCUUUAGAAGCUUCUGAUAGGCUAAUUGACAUCAUUUGAGUCAAUUGGAGGUGUACCUGUGGAUGUAUUUCAAGGCCUACCUUCAAACUCAGUGGCUCUUUGCUUGACAUCAUGGGAAAAUCAAAAGAAAUCAGCCAAGACCUCAGAAAACAAAUGGUAGACCUCCACAAGUCUGGUUCAUCCUUGGGAGCAAUUUCCAAACGCCUGAAGGCACCACGUUUAUCUGUACAAACAAUAGUACGCAAGUAUAAACACCAUGGGACCACGCAGCCGUCAUACCGCUCAGGAAGGAGACGCGUUCUGUCUCCUAGAGAUGAACGUACUUUGGUGCGAAAAGUGCAAAUCAAUCCCAGAACAACAGCAAAGGACGUUGUGAAGAUGCUGGAGGAAACAGGUACAAAAUUAUCUAUAUCCACAGUAAAACGUGUCCUAUAUCGACAGAACCUGAAAGGCUGCUCAGCAAGGAAGAAGCCACUGCUCCAAAACUGCCAUAAAAAAGACAGACUAUGGUUUGCAACUGCACAUGGGGACAAAUAUCUUACUUUUUGGAGAAAUGUCCUCUGGUCUGAUGAAACAAAAAUAGAACUGUUUGGCAAUACUGAACAUCGAUAUGUUUGGAGGAAAAAGGGGGUUGCUUGCAAGCCGUAAAACACCAUCCCAACCGUGAAGCACGGGGGUGGCAGCGUCGUGCUGUGGGGGUGCUUUGCUGCAGGAGGGACUGGUGCACUUCACAAAAUAGAUGGCAUCAUGAGGAAGGAAAAUUAUGUGGAUAUAUUGAAGCAACAUCUCAAGACAUCAGUCAGGAAGUUAAAUCUUGGUCGCAAAUGGGUCUUCCAAAUGGACAAUGACCCCAAGCAUACUUCCAAAGUUGUGGCAAAAGGGCUUAAGGACAACAAAGUCAAGGUAUUGGUGUCCAUCACAAAGCCCUGACCUCAAUCCUAUAGAACAUUUGUGGGCAGAACUGAAAAAGUUUGUGUGAGCAAGGAGGCCUACAAACCUGACUCAGUUACACCAGCUCUGUCAGGAGGAAGCUUGUGGAAGGCUACCCAAAACGUUUGACCCAAGUUAAACAAUUUAAAGGCAAUGCUACCAAAUACUAAUUGAGUGUAUGUAAACUUCUGACCCACUGGGAAUGUGAUGAAAGAAAGAAAAUCUGAAAUAAAUCAUUCUCUCUACUAUUAUUCUGACAUUUCACAUUCUUAAAAAUAAAGUGGUGAUCCUAACUGACCUAAGACAGGGAAUGUUUACUAGGAUUAAAUGUCAGGAAUUGUGAAAGACUGAGUUUAAAUGUAUUUGGCUAAGGUGUGUGUAAACUUCAACUGUAAGCGUCCGGGUUUGAGUCCCGCUCCUUGAAAGCGGCAGCUCUACCCUUUAGCUCAGUGCGGAUGUUGCCUGUAAUCCAUGGCUUCUGGUUGGGGUAUGUACGUACGGUCACUGUGGGGACGACGUCAUCGUUGCACUUAUUGAUGAAGCCAGUGACUGGUGUGGUGUACUCCUCAAUGCUAUAUGAAGAAUCCCGGAACAUAUUCCAGUCUGUGCUAGCAAAACAGUCCUGUAGCUUAGCAUCUGCAUCAUCUGACCACUUCGUUAUUAACCGAGUCACUGGUGCUUCCUGCUUUAGUUUUUGCUUAUAAGCAGGAAUCAGGAGGAUAGAGUUAUGGUCAGAUUUGCCAAAUGGAGGGCGAGGGAGAGCUUUGUAUGCGUCUCUGUGUGUGGAGUAAAGGUGGUCUAGAGUUUUUUUCCCUCUGGUUGCACAUUUAACAUGCUGGUAGAAAUUAGGUAGAACGGAUUUACGUUUCCCUGCAUUAAAGUCCCCGGCCACUAGGAGCGCUGCCUCUGGAUGACCGUUUUCCUGUUUACUUAUGGCCUUAUACAGCUCAUUCAGUGCAAUUUUAAUGCCAGCAUUGGUUUGUGGUGGUAAAUAGACAGCUACGAAGAAUAUAGAUGAAAACUCUCUUGGUAAAUAGUGUGGUCUACAACUUAUCAUGAGAUACUCUACCUCAGGCGAGCAAAACCUCGAGACUUCCUUAGUAUUAGAUUUUAUGAACCAGCUGUUGUUUACAAAUAUACACAGACCGCCACCCCUUGUCUUACCGGAGUCAGCCGUUCUAUCCUGCCGAUGUAGCGUAUAUCCCGCCAGCUGUAUGUUAUCCAUGUCGUCGUUCAGCCACGACUCGGUGAAACAUAAGAUAUUACAGUUUUUAAUGUCCCGUUGGUAGGAUAAGCGUAAUCUUAGGUCGUCUAAUUUAUUUUCCAAUGAUUGAAGAUUGGCUAAUAGGAUUGAUGGAAGAGGCAGUUUACUCAGUCGCCGUCGGAUCCUCAAGGCACCCCGACCUACGUCCACGAUAUCUCUGUCUCUUUCUCAUGCGAAUGACAGGGAUUUGGGCCUUGUCGGGUAUCUGUAGGAUAUCCUUCGCGUCCGACUCGUUGAUGUUAAAAUCUUCGUCCAAUACGAGGUGAGUAAUCGCUGUCCUGAUAUCCAGAAGCUCUUUUUGGUCAAAUAACGCGAAAACACACUCAUAAUAGUACAAUUGGUUAGAGGGCUGUAAAACGGCUGACAUCUUCUUCGGUGCCAUUUCCUCAUGUAAUAGAAUUACUUGUUUACUGUUCUAAUAAUGUCGGGAACCAGUUUAUAAUAUAAUGACUUGUUUACUGUUCUAAUAAUGUUGGGAACCAGUUUAUAAUAGAAUUACUUGUUUACUGUUCUAAUAAUGUCGGGAACCAGUUUAUAAUAGAAUGACUUGUUUACUGUUCUAAUAAUGUCGGGAACCAGUUUAUAAUUGAAUGACAUGUUUACUGUUCUAAUAAUGUCGGGAACCAGUUUAUAAUAGAAUGACUUGUUUACUGUUCUAAUAAUGUUGGGAACCAGUUUAUAAUAGAAUGACUUGUUUACUGUUCUAAUAAUGUCGGGAACCAGUUUAUAAUAGAAUGACUUGUUUACUGUUCUAAUAAUGUCGGGAACCAGUUUAUAAUAGCAAUAAGGAACCUCAGUGGUCUGUGGUGUAUGGUCAAUAUACCACGGCUAUGCUCCAUGUUGCGUUGUGCCUAAACAGCCCUUCUCUGUGGUAUAUUGGUCAUAUACCACACCCCCUCGGGGCUUAUUGCUUAAAUGUACUGUCAUGUGUUACGUUACGUUACGCCAUGCCAUGCCAUGCCAUGCCAAUACUAUUUCAUGUGUAUUUCAGUGCUGUGUGGUAUGACCAGAUGUCGUACCCCACCUCCUGGCAACUGGACCCUACAGAGGGACCCAACAGGGAGAGAAGACGGCUGCAGAGGUGUUACCUCACCAUCCCCAACAAGUACCUGCUCAAAGACCGACGCAAGCCAGACGGUACGCUGACCCUAACCCAUAACCCCUAACCCUCACCAUCCCCAACAAGUACCUGCUCAAAGACCGACGCAAGCCAGACGGUACGCUGACCCUAACCCCUAACCCCUAACCCUCACCAUCCCCAACAAGUACCUGCUCAAAGACCGACGCAAGCCAGACGGUACGCUGACCCUAACCCAUAACCCCUAACCCUCACCAUCCCCAACAAGUACCUGCUCAAAGACCGACGCAAGCCAGACGGUACGCUGACCCUAACCCAUAACCCCUAACCCUCACCAUCCCCAACAAGUACCUGCUCAAAGACCGACGCAAGCCAGACGGUACGCUGACCCUAACCCAUAACCCCUAACCCUCACCAUCCCCAACAAGUACCUGCUCAAAGACCGACGCAAGCCAGACGGUACGCUGACCCUAACCCAUAACCCCUAACCCUCACCAUCCCCAACAAGUACCUGCUUAAAGACCGACACAAGCCAGACAGUAAAGACACCAAUUGUUAGUCAGUCUGAUCUUCAGCACCACAGGGGACGCCAUUCUAACCGCUGCAAAAAAGAGCUUUCCAGAUAGUAUCUUCAUUUUCAGAAAUCUGGAAACCUGCUAUGAUUGAAUCCAGCUUUAUUGAUACCGUUUGAUCCUGUCUGUCUGUCUGUCUGUCUGUCUGUCUCUGUCUGUCUAUCUCUCCUUUCAGACUCUGCAGCGCGGGCUCCACUGUCCUUCCUGUUUGAGGAUAAGACCCACUCCUCCUUCUCCUCCACGGUGAAAGACAAGGCCACCAGCGAACCAAUCAGAUUCACCAGACGCUGCAUCAGUGUUGCUCCGUCUAGAGAGACCUCAGGAGAGCUGCUGCUGGGUAAGAAACCACCUAACAGCCACGUUCCUGUAUCUAGCUUGGUGUUCCUGUAUCUAGCUUGGUGUUCCUGUAUCUAGCUUGGUGCUCCUGUAUCUAGCUUGGUGUUCCUGUAUCUAGCUUGGUGUUCCUGUAUCUAGCUUGGUGUUCCUGUAUCUAGCUUGGUGCUCCUGUAUCUAGCUUGGUGCUCCUGUAUCUAGCUUGGUGUUCCUGUAUCUAGCUUGGUGUUCCUGUAUCUAGCUUGGUGUUCCUGUAUCUAGCUUGGUGUUCCUGUAUCUAGCUUGGUGUUCCUGUAUCUAGCUUGGUGUUCCUGUAUCUAGCUUGGUGUUCCUGUAUCUAGCUUGGUGCUCCUGUAUCUAGCUUGGUGUUCCUGUAUCUAGCUUGGUGUUCCUGUAUCUAGCUUGGUGUUCCUGUAUCUAGCUUGGUGCUCCUGUAUCUAGCUUGGUGCUCCUGUAUCUAGCUUGGUGUUCCUGUAUCUAGCUUGGUGUUCCUGUAUCUAGCUUGGUGUUCCUGUAUCUAGCUUGGUGUUCCUGUAUCUAGCUUGGUGUUCCUGUAUCUAGCUUGGUGUUCCUGUAUCUAGCUUGGUGCUCCUGUAUCUAGCUUGGUGUUCCUGUAUCUAGCUUGGUGCUCCUGUAUCUAGCUUGGUGUUCCUGUAUCUAGCUUGGUGUUCCUGUAUCUAGCUUGGUGUUCCUGUAUCUAGCUUGGUGUUCCUGUAUCUAGCUUGGUGUUCCUGUAUCUAGCUUGGUGUUCCUGUAUCUAGCUUGGUGUUCCUGUAUCUAGCUUGGUGUUCCUGUAUCUAGCUUGGUGCUCCUGUAUCUAGCUUGGUGCUCCUGUAUCUAGCUUGGUGCUCCUGUACUGCUUGGGCUCCUGUAUCUAGCUUGGUGCUCCUGUAUCUAGCUUGGUGCUCCUGUAUCUAGCUUGGUGCUCCUGUAUCUAGCUUGGUGCUCCUGUAUCUAGCUUGGUGUUCCUGUAUCUAGCUUGGUGCUCCUGUAUCUAGCUUGGUGUUCCUGUAUCUAGCUUGGUGUUCCUGUAUCUAGCUUGGUGUUCCUGUAUCUAGCUUGGGUGUUCUGUUCCUGUAUCUAGCUUGGUGUUCCUGUAUCUAGCUUGGUGUUCCUGUAUCUAUCUUGGUGUUCCUGUAUCUAGCUUGGUGUUCCUGUAUCUAGCUUGGUGCUCCUGUAUCUAGCUUGGUGUUCCUGUAUCUAGCUUGGUGUUCCUGUAUCUAGCUUGGUGCUCCUGUAUCUAGCUUGGUGCUCCUGUAUCUAGCUUGGUGCUCCUGUAUCUAGCUUGGUGUUCCUGUAUCUAGCUUGGUGUUCCUGUAUCUAGCUUGGUGUUCCUGUAUCUAGCUUGGUGCUCCUGUAUCUAGCUUGGUGCUCCUGUAUCUAGCUUGGUGUUCCUGUAUCUAGCUUGGUGUUCCUGUAUCUAGCUUGGUGUUCCUGUAUCUAGCUUGGUGCUCCUGUAUCUAGCUUGGUGUUCCUGUAUCUAGCUUGGUGUUCCUGUAUCUAGCUUGGUGCUCCUGUAUCUAGCUUGGUGUUCCUGUAUCUAGCUUGGUGCUCCUGUAUCUAGCUUGGUGCUCUGGACGUGGUCCCCAUGAGGCUGUCUGAGGCUCUAGUUACUGGUGUGCUCUCUACUCACACAGUGACCUUUCGACCCUCUGCAUCCACAGGGAAGUCUGGGAUGUACUUUGUGGAGGAUAACGCGGCUGACGCCCAUGACAACCAGGUAACCCUCUCUCUACACAUGCACAUUUAGAAAAAUGAUAGUGGUGUUGUUGUCUGGCUUCUCACUGUGUGUGUCGUGACAGAGUAUCCAGGGUGAGACAGAGGCAGCAUCAUUCUCUUGGACCUAUGAGGAGAUAAAGGAGGUCCAUAAGAGGUGGUGGCAGCUCAGAGACAACGCUGUAGAGAUCUUCCUCUCCAACGGACGGACCCUGCUGCUAGCCUUCCACACCACCAAGGUAGGGUAGACUAAAGAGCACAGACCCUGCUGCUAGCCUUCCACACCAGGGUUGAUAGUUCAGCAUCUCCCUCUGUUUUACAAAUGUGUCUUUUAUACUGAACAAAAAUAUAAACGCAACAUGUAAAGUGUUGGUCCCAUGUUUCAUGAGCGGAAUUAAAAGAUCACAGAAAUGUUCCAUACGCACAAAAAGUUUAUUUCUCUCAAGUGUUGUGCACAUACAGCACCAGUCAAAAGUUUGGACACACCUACUCCUACUAUUUUUACUAUUUUCUACAUUGUAGAAUAAUAGUGAAGACAUCAAAACGAUGAAAUAACACAUAUGGAAUCAUGUAGUAACCAAAAAUAGUGUUAAACAAAUCAAAAUAUAUUUUAUAUUUGAGAUUCUUCAAAGUAGCCACCCAUUGCCUUGAUGACAGCUUUGCACACUCUUGGCAUUCUCUCAACCAGCUUCAUGAGGUAGUCACCUGGAAUGCAUUUCAAUUAACAGGUAUGCCUUCUUAAAAAUUAAUUUGUGGAAUUUAUUUCCUUCUUAAUGCGUUUGAGCCAAUCAGUUGUUUUGUGACAAGGUAAGAGAACAGCUCAAAUAAUCAAAGAGAAACGACAGUCCAUCAUUACUUUAAGACAUGAAGGUCAGUCAAUCUGGAAAAUGUAAAGAACUUUGAAAGUUUCUUCAAGUGCAGUCGCAAAAACCAUCAAGCACUAUGAUGAAACUGGCUCUCAUGAGCACCGCCUCAGGAAUGGAAGACCCAGAGUUACCUCUGCUGCAGAGGAUAAGUUCAUUAGAGUUACCAGCCUCAGAAAUUGCAGCCCAAAUAAAUGCUUCACAGAGUUCAAGUCACAGACACAUCUCAACAUUAAUCAGGCCUUCAUGGUCGAAUUGCUGCAAAGAAACCACUACUAAAGGACACCAAUAAGAAGAAGAGACUUGCUUGGGCCAAGAAACACGAGCAAUGGACAUUAGACUGGUGGAAAUCUGUCCUUUGGUCUGAUGAGUCCAAAUUUGAGAUUUUUGGUUCCAACCGCCAUGUCUUUGUGAGACGCAGAGUAGGUGAACGGAUGAUCUCCACAUGUGUGGUUCCCACCGUGAAGCAUGGAGGAGGAGGUGUGAUGGUGUGGGGGUGCUUUGCUGGUGACACUGUCUGUGAUUUAUUUAGAAUUCAAGGCACACUUAACCAGCAUGGCUACCACAGCAUUCUGCAGCGAUACGCCAUCCCAUCUGGUUUUGCGCUUAGUGGGACAGUCAUUUGUUUUUCAACAGGACAAUGACCCAACACACCUCCAGGCUGUGUAAGGGCUAUUUGACCAAGAAGGAGAGUGAUGGAGUGCUGCAUCAGAUGACCUGGCCUUCACAUUCACCCGACCUCAACCCAAUUGAGAUGGUUUGGGUUGAGUUGGAUCGCAGAGUGAAGGAAAAGCAGCCAACAAGUGCUCAGCAUAUGUGGGAACUCCUUCAAGACUUUUGGAAAAGCAUUCCAGGUGAAGCUGGUUGAGAGAAUGUCAACAGUGUGCAAAGCUGUCAUCAAGGCAAAGGUUGGCUACUUUGAAGAAUCUCAAAAACAUAAUAUAUUUUGAUUUGUUUAACACUUUUUUGGUUGCUACAUGAUUCCAUAUGUGUUAUUUCAUAGUUGUGAUGUCUUCACUAUUAUUCUACAAUGUUGAAAAUAGUAAAAAUAAAGAAAAACCUUUGAAUGAGUAGGUGUGUCCAAACUUUUGACUGGUACUGUAUGUGUUUACAUCCCUGUUAGUGAGUAUUUCUCCUUUGCCAAGAUAAUCCAUCCACCUGACAGGUGUGGCAUAUCAAGAAGCUGAUUAAACAGUAUGAUCAUUACACAGGUGCACCUUGUGCAGGGGACAAUAAAAGGCCCCUCUAAAAUGUGCAGUUUUGUCACACAACACAAUGCCACAGAUGUCUCAAGUUUUGAGGGAGCAUGCAAUUGGCAUGCUGACUGCAGGAAUGUCCACCAGAGCUGUUGCCAGAUAAUUGAAUGUUCAUUUCUCUACCAUAAGCCGCCUCCAACGUCGUUUUAGAUAAUUUGGCAGUACGUCCAACCGGCCUCAAUCGCAGACCACGUGUUUGAAGUCAUGUGGGCAAGCGGUUUGCUGAUGUCAAUGUUGUGAACAGAGUGCCCCAUGGUGGCGGUGGGGUUAUGGUAUGGGCAGGCAUAAGCUACGGACAACGAACACAAUUGGCAAUUUGAAUGAACAAAAAUACCAUGACGAGAUCCUGAGGCCCAUUUUUUUUAUGUAUCUGUGACCAACAGAUGCAUACAGUUGAAGUCGGAAGUUUACAUACACCUUAGCCAAAUACAUUUAAACUCCGUUUAUCACAAUUCCUGACAUUUAAUCCUAAUAAAAAUACCCUGUCUUAGGUCAGUUAGGAUCACCACUUUAUUUUAAGAAUGUGAAAUGUCAGAAUAAUAGUAGAGAGAAUGAUUUAUUUCAGCUUUUAUUUCUUUCAUCACAUUCCCAGUGGGUCAGAAGUUUACAUACACUCAAUUCAUAUUUGGUAGCAAUGCCUUUAAAUUGUUUAACUUGGGUCAAACGUUUCAGGUAGCCUUCCACAAGAUUCCCACAAUAAGUUGGGUGAAUUUUGGCCAUUCCUCCUGACAGAGCUGGUGUAACUGAGUCAGGUUUGUAGGCCUCCUUGCUCACACACGCUUUUUCAGUUCUGCCCACACAUUUUCUAUAGGAUUGAGGUCAAGGCUUUGUGAUGGCCACUCCAAUACCUUGACUUUGAUGUCCUUAAGCCAUUGUGCCACAACUUUGGAAGUAUGCUUGGGGUCAUUGUCCAUUUGGAAGACCCAUUUGCUACCAAGCUUUAACUUCCUGACUGAUGUCUUGAGAUGUUGCUUCAAUAUAUCCACAUAAUUUUCCUUCCUCAUGAUGCCAUCUAUUUUGUGAAGUGCACCAGUCCCUCCUUCAGCAAAGCACCCCCACAGCAUGAUACUGCCACCCCUGUGCUUCACGGUUGGGAUGGUGUUUUACGGCUUGCAAGCAACCCCCUUUUUCCUCCAAACAUAACGAUGGUCAUUAUGGCCAAACAGUUCUAUUUUUGUUUCAUCAUACCAGAGGACAUUUCUCCAAAAAGUACGAUCUUUGUCCCCAUGUGCAGUUGCAAACCAUAGUCUGGCUUUUUUAUGGCGGUUUUGGAGCAGUGGCUUCUUCCUUGCUGAGCGGCCUUUCAGGUUAUGUCGAUAUAGGACUUGUUUUACUGUAGAUACUUUUGUACCUGUUUCCUCCAGCAUCUUCACAAGGUCUUUUGCUGUUGUUCUGGGAUUGAUUUGCACUUUUCGCACCAAAGUACGUUCAUCUCUAGGAGACAGAACGCGUCUCAUUCCUGAGCGGUAUGACGGCUGCGUUGUCCCAUGGUGUUUAUACUUGCGUACUAUUGUUUGUACAGAUGAACGUGGUACCUUCAGCCAUUUGGAAAUUGCUCCCAAGGAUGAACCAGACUUGUGGAGGUCUGCAAUUUUUUUUCUGAGGUCUUGGCUGAUUUCUUUUGAUUUUCCCAUGAUGUCAAGCAAAGAGGCACUGAGUUUGAAGGUAGGCCUUGAAAUACAUCCACAGGUACACCUCCAAUUGACUCAAAUGAUGUCAAUUAGCCUAUCAGAAGCUUCUAAAGCCAUGACAUCAUUUUCUGGAAUUUUCCAAGCUGUUUAAAGGCACAGUCAACUUAGUGUAUGUAAACUUCUGACCCACUGGAAUUGUGAUACAGUGAAUUAUAAGUGAAAUAAUCUGUCUGUAAACAAUUGUUGGAAGAAUUACUUGUGUCAUACACAAAGUAGAUGUCCUAACCGACUUGCCAAAACUAUAGUCUGUUAACAAGAAAUUUGUGGAGUGGUUGAAAAACGAGUUUUAAUGACUCCAAUCUAAGUGUAUGUAUCUUCUGACUUCAACAGUAUCUGUAUUCCCAGUCAUUUGAAAUCCAUAGAUUAGGGCCUAAUGAAUUUAUUUCAAUUGACUGAUUUCCUCAUAUGAACUUUAACUCAGAAAAAUCAAUGAAAUUGUUGCAUGUUGCGUUUAUAUUUUUUUUCAGUAUAGAAUCUCCUGGCUAGCAUUUUGGAGCAUGUAGCAAUGCUAGUGGAAAGUGAUUGUAUCAGCUAGCGUAACGUAACACAAAAGUGAACUAUCCCUUUAAGUCAAACACUUGUAAUGAAUUAAAAUGUUCUAUUUCCUGUUCCAUGACAAUGUGUAACACAACAUCCUGCAUAGCUAAUUGUGUUCUGGCUUUGCAUCCUUCCUUUGAUAAUAAAUUAGGCUUAGUAUUAGUAUUACACAUGCAAUAAAACGAGAUUUUCCAUUUCCUGUUCCCGUAGUUCCGUGAUGACGUGUACCACAACAUCCUGACCUCCGACCUUCCCAAUCUCCUGGAGUACGGCAACCUCACGGCGUUAACACACCUGUGGGGCUCGGGGCAGAUCAGUAACUUUGAGUACUUGACGCACCUCAACAAGCACUCUGGGCGGAGCUUCAACGACCUGAUGCAGUACCCUGUCUUCCCCUUCAUACUGAAGGACUACAUCUCCGAGACACUGGACCUUGGGGACAGCGCCAUCUACAGGUCAGUUAUAGUACUAGCACUGUUAGCUAAGGGUCAGUGUUAUAAGGAACUGACACUACGGAUCAAAAGGAAAACAGAACAGGAAGCUUUUUCUCUUCCCCCUUUAUCCCUUGUUUUCUGGACUGUUUUCAGGAACCUGAACAAGCCCAUAGCAGUCCAGUCUAAAGAGAAGGAGGAUCGCUAUGUGGACAAUUACAAGGUAAACAGCUUAGUACAGCCUUACUGUAUUACUGCUUCUUGGAUAGGAAAUCUAAAUCUAAUCAGAAUAUGUGAUCGGUGUACAGUUUUUCUCAUGUAUUCAUUACACAUCAUAUAAACUGGAGCUUCUGCUUGAACUCUUUCAGUACCUAGAGGAGGAGUAUCGGAAGGGAGCGCAUGACGACGAUCCCAUGCCUCCUGUCCAGCCGUACCAUUAUGGAUCUCACUACUCCAACUCCGGCACUGUGCUACACUUCCUGGUUCGCAUGCCUCCGUUCACCAAGAUGUUCCUGGCCUACCAGGGUAAGUCACCACACAGAUGUGUACUUCUUUAAUGCAGCUGACGGAAACCUUCUCUUCUUGAAAAUAGCUCUUUUCAUUCAGCUGCAAAAAAAGCUCUUAGAAAGGAUCACUGACAUCUACAUUAUAUUAUUAGCAUGAUCCUGAUCUGAUCCAUUACAAUGGCUGGCCUGCAUCAAAGGCUUUCUCUGUAAGGCUUUCUCUUCUCCUCAAACUUCUCUCUGACUCCCCCUCUCUGACUCCCCCUCUUCUCCCCUUCUAUGUCUCUUACUCUCUACCUGCUCAUCCAGCUUGCUCUCUUCGUCUGCUCUUGUCUUUCCAACCCUCUUCCUCUGCUCUUGUCUUUCCAACCCUCUUCGUCUGAAGCCUCUCAUCUUUGUUGAUAGGAGUGUAAUUGAAUGCAGAAGCGGUGGUUCACACGAGGCCCUGAAAGGAAGCUCAUUCACAAAGAUCAAGCUUUACAGUGUGUUUGUCCCGUAUCAUCAGAACACAGGUUUAAUUACUGUGUGUUACAGAUCAGAGCUUUGAUAUCCCCGACCGGACGUUCCACUCUAUGAAUACAACAUGGCGUCUCUCCUCCUUCGAGAGCAUGACUGACGUCAAGGAGCUAAUACCGGAGUUCUUCUACCUCCCUGAGUUCCUGGUCAACAGAGAGGGUAAAACCACACACACCCUCUAUAACCUGUCUAUAUAACUCCUCUAUACCUCCCUGAGUUCCUGGUCAACACAAACACCUCUAUAACCUGUCUAUAUAACUCCUCUAUACCUCCCUGAGUUCCUGGUCAACACACACACAUCUCUAUAACCUGUCUAUAUAACUCCUCUAUACCUCCCUGAGUUCCUGGUCAACACACACAUCUCUAUAACCUGUCUAUAUAACUCCUCUAUACCUCCCUGAGUUCCUGGUCAACACACACACCUCUAUAACCUGUCUAUAUAACUCCUCUAUACCUCCCUGAGUUCCUGGUCAACACACACACCUCUAUAACCUGUCUAUAUAACUCCUCUAUACCUCCCUGAGUUCCUGGUCACACACAUCUCUAUAACCUGUCUAUAUAACUCCUCUAUACCUCCCUGAGUUCCUGGUCAACACACCACACCUCUAUAACCUGGUCUAUAUACACUCCUCUAUACCUCCCUGAGUUCCUGGUCAACACACACAUCUCUAUAACCUGUCUAUAUAACUCCUCUAUACCUCCCUGAGUUCCUGGUCAACACACACACCUCUAUAACCUGUCUAUAUAACUCCUCUAUACCUCCCUGAGUUCCUGGUCAACACAACACCUCUAUAACUGUCUAUAUAACUCCUCUAUACCUCCCUGAGUUCCUGGUCAACACACAUCUCUAUAACCUGUCUAUAUAACUCCUCUAUACCUCCCUGAGUUCCUGGUCAACACACACACCUCUAUAACCUGUCUAUAUAACUCCUCUAUACCUCCCUGAGUUCCUGGUCAACACAACCUAAAACCGUAUAUAUAACCCUAUCCCUGAGUUCUAUAACCUGUCUAUAUAACUCCUCUAUACCUCCCUGAGUUCCUGGUCAACACACACACCCUCUAUAACCUGUCCUAUAUAACUCCUCUAUACCUCCCUGAGUUCCUGGUCAACACACACAUCUCUAUAACCUGUCUAUAUAACUCCUCUAUACCUCCCUGAGUUCCUGGUCAACACACACAUCUCUAUAACCUGUCUAUAUAACUCCUCUAUACCUCCCUGAGUUCCUGGUCAACACACACACCUCUAUAACCUGUCUAUAUAACUCCUCUAUACCUCCCUGAGUUCCUGGUCAACACACACACCUCUAUAACCUGUCUAUAUAACUCCUCUAUACCUCCCUGAGUUCCUGGUCAACACACACACCUCUAUAACCUGUCUAUAUAACUCCUCUAUACCUCCCAGAGUUCCUGGUCAACACACGCAUCUCUAUAACCUGUCUAUAUAACUCCUCUAUACCUCCCUGAGUUCCUGGUCAACACACACAUCUCUAUAACCUGUCUAUAUAACUCCUCUAUACCUCCCUGAGUUCCUGGUCAACACACACACCUCUAUAACCUGUCUAUAUAACUCCUCUAUACCUCCCUGAGUUCCUGGUCAACACACACAUCUCUAUAACCUGUCUAUAUAACUCCUCUAUACCUCCCUGAGUUCCUGGUCAACACACACACCUCUAUAACCUGUCUAUAUAACUCCUCUAUACCUCCCAGAGUUCCUGGUCAACACACACACCUCUAUAACCUGUCUAUAUAACUCCUCUAUACCUCCCAGAGUUCCUGGUCAACACACACACCUCUAUAACCUGUCUAUAUAACUCCUCUAUACCUCCCUGAGUUCCUGGUCAACACACACAUCUCUAUAACCUGUCUAUAUAACUCCUCUAUACCUCCCUGAGUUCCUGGUCAACACACACACCUCUAUAACCUGUCUAUAUAACUCCUCUAUACCUCCCUGAGUUCCUGGUCAACACACACAUCUCUAUAACCUGUCUAUAUAACUCCUCUAUACCUCCCUGAGUUCCUGGUCAACACACACACCUCUAUAACCUGUCUAUAUAACUCCUCUAUACCUCCCUGAGUUCCUGGUCAACACACACACCUCUAUAACCUGUCUAUAUAACUCCUCUAUACCUCCCUGAGUUCCUGGUCAACACACACACCUCUAUAACCUGUCUAUAUAACUCCUCUAUACCUCCCUGAGUUCCUGGUCAACACACACACCUCUAUAACCUGUCUAUAUAACUCCUCUAUACCUCCCUGAGUUCCUGGUCAACACACACACCUCUAUAACCUGUCUAUAUAACUCCUCUAUACCUCCCUGAGUUCCUGGUCAACACACACAUCUCUAUAACCUGUCUAUAUAACUCCUCUAUACCUCAUACAUCAACCCUACUGUGGAGUUAUUUUACCUGCCUGAGUUCCUGGUUAACAGAGAAAUGACGAGAUGGGCAGAAAACUAAUCUGUAUUACAGUAAGAAAUGCUUUACUGUAGAUAUCCGUAUUACCAGUAAGAAAUGCUUUACUGUAGAUAUCCGUAUUACCAGUAAGAAAUGCUUUACUGUAGAUAUCCGUAUUACAGUAAGAAAUGCUUUACUGUAGAUAUCUAUAUUACCAGUAAUAAAUGCUUUACUGUAGAUAUCCAUAUUACCAGUAAGAAAUGCUUUAAUGUAGAUAUCCAUAUUACCAGUAAUAAAUGCUUUACUGUAGAUGUCUGUAUUACAGUAAGAAAUGCUUUAUUGUAGAUAUCCGUAUUACCAGUAAUAAAUGCUUUACAGUAGAUAUCCGUAUUACCAGUAAUAAAUGCUUUACUGUAGGGAAUGGCCGGCAGGGAUGUAGCUCAGUUGAUAGAGCAUGGUGUUUGCAACGCCAGGGUUGUGGGUUCGAUUCCCACAGGGGGUAUGAAAAAAAUAAAAAUAAUGUAUGCACUAACUGUAAGUCGCUCUGGAUAAGAGCGUCUGCUAAAUGACUAAAAUGUAAAUGUAUAUCCGUAUUACCAGUAAGAAAUGCUUUACUGUAGAUAUCCAUAUUACCAGUAAGAAAUGCUUUACUGUAGAUAUCCGUAUUACAGUAAGAAAUGAUUUACUGUAGAUAUCCGUAUUACCAGUAAGAAAUGCUUUACUGUAGAUAUCCAUAUUACCAUUAAGAAAUGCUUUAAUGUAGAUAUCCGUAUUACAGUAAGAAAUGCUUUACUGUAGAUAUCGUAUUACAGUAAGAAAUGCUUUACUGUAGAUAUCCGUAUUACCAGUAAGAAAUGCUUUAAUGUAGAUAUCCGUAUUACAGUAAGAAAUGCUUUACUGUAGAUAUCCGUAUUACCAGUAAGAAAUGCUUUAAUGUAGAUAUCCGUAUUACAGUAAGAAAUGCUUUACUGUAGAUAUCCAUAUUACCAGUAAGAAAUGCUUUACUGUAGAUAUCCGUAUUACCAGUAAGAAAUGCUUUACUGUAGAUAUCCAUAUUACAGUAAGACAUGCUUUACUGUAGAUAUCUGUAUUACAGUAAGAAAUGCUUUACUGUAGACCUCCUUUCCUCUUUCCCUCCAGGUUUUGACUUUGGUGUGCGUCAAAACAGUGAGCGUGUGAACCACGUCAACCUGCCACCCUGGGCGCGUAACGACCCUCGUCUCUUCAUCCUGAUCCACCGCCAGGCCCUGGAGUCAGACCAGGUCUCUCAGACCCUCUGUCAGUGGAUUGACCUGGUGUUUGGGUUGAAACAGAAGGGCAAGGCUGCUGUUCAUGCCAUCAACGUAUUCCACCCAGCUGUGAGUAGCUGUUAUAUACCUGGGCCAUAUAAAUGCCACCAGACGGAAGGAAACCGACUGGGACAGAGAGGGACUGCCUGGAUUUGGACAAAAAAAUAAACAUUGGAUUUUGGUUUAACGUUGCAAAAUGUUUUUGUGUGUUCCCUAAUGAACACAACCUUGGACAGGAAGAGACAUUAGCUUGUAUUUUAACUGUUUUCGACAAGUAUGUCAAUUAUAUUUUUUUCCCCUCUCCCCUCGUCCGUAGACAUACUUCGGUAUGGACGUGUCGUCAGUGGAGGACCCGGUGCAGCGGCGUGCGUUGGAGACCAUGAUCAAGACGUACGGACAGACGCCCAGACAGCUUUUCUCUGCGUCCCACAUCAGCAGAGCCGGACCCAGGCUCAUUAUGGAGGGAGAGCUUCCUGCUGCCAUGGGUCUCCUGGUGCAGCUGGCCUUCAGAGAGACCAGGGAACAGGUCAAAGAGAUAGUUUACCCGGUAGGUUAAAGGUCAAAGGUUAGGGUUAGUAUUUAGGGUCAGGCGUUACGGUCUCCUGGUGCAGCUGGCCUUCAGAGAGACCAGGGAACAGGUCAAAGAGAUAGUUUACCCGGUAGGUUAAAGGUCAAAGGUUAGGGUUAGUAUUUAGGGUCAGGCGUUACGGUCUCCUGGUGCAGUUGGCCUUCAGAGAGACCAGGGAACAGGUCAAAGAGAUAGUUUACCCGGUAGGUUAAAGGUAAAAGGUUAGGGUUAGUAUUUAGGGUCAGGCGUUACGGUCUCCUGGUGCAGUUGGACUUCAGAGAGACCAGGGAACAGGUCAAAGAGACUUCUCGUGUCCUCUCUCCUCUUCAAAACCCAUUGGAUGAGAAGGUCAGAGGGGAGGGACCUCUAGCUUUCUCAUCCAAUGGGUUUUGAGAAGGAGACAAGGAGAGAGGACGCGAGGAGUAUGCAAUUGAGACCUUCCAAUAGUCUACCCGAUAGGUCAAAGUUCAAACUGGGGAGUUAUGGGAAGUGUAGCGUAGUCUCCUUGAAAAACAGUUGUUGCUAAGUGGACUUUACUUGCUACAUGAAGAUGAAGUGAUUUGAAGUGAAAUUAAAUGAUAUGGGUCUGGGUGGGUUAUGCAGUGCUGUUGAAUACUCAUCCUUCUCCCCUCCAUCCUCCACAGAGUCCCCUGUCCUGGAUCAAGGGUCUGAAGUGGGGUGAGUAUGUGGGCUCGCCCAGCUCUCCUGAUCCUGCAGUGUGUUUCAGCCAGCCCCAUGGGGAGAGGUUUGGAUCGCUUACUGGCUCUCCCUACCAGAGCCAUCUGUGGACUGUCACGCAACUUCUGUCUCAUGAUGAUCUACAGCAAGGAACAAGGUGACACAUUACCGUUUACUGGAAAAAUGAUAGAUUUCCUAAUAGGCUAGUGACAGGGUCUCCACAUUUUUUGAAAUACCCGAGGCAGAUCAAAACACAGCCAUGUUUUUUCACAUUACUAAUGUCUCCCAUUCAUGAAUUGGACGGUUGUGUAAAAAUGUUUUACUGCAGAAGUAGUUAAAUUGACAUAUAUUAUGACUCAAAACAUGCAGAAUAAUGCCCAGCUGUAGGAGUGUGGAGGGGGGACAAACUCAUGUAACCCAAUAAUGCCCAGCUGUAGGAGAGGGGGGAGGGGUUAAAACUCAUGUAACCCAAUAAUGCCCAGCUGUAGGAGAGUGGGGAGGGGUUAAAACUCAUGUAACCCAAUAAUGCCCAGCUGUAGUAGAGUGGGGAGGGGUUAAAACUCAUGUAACCCAAUAAUGCCCAGCUGGAGGAGAGGGGGAGGGGUUAAAACUCAUGUAACCCAAUAAUGCCCAGCUGUAGGAGAGGGGGAGGGGUUAAAACUCAUGUAACCCAAUAAUGCCCAGCUGUAGUAGAGUGGGGAGGGGUUAAAACUCAUGUAACCCAAUAAUGCCCAGCUGUAGGAGAGUGGGGAGGGGUUAAAACUCAUGUAACCCAAUAAUGCCCAGCUGUAGGAGAGUGGGGAGGGGUUAAAACUCAUGUAACCCAAUAAUGCCCAGCUGUAGGAGAGGGGGGAGGGGUUAAAACUCAUGUAACCCAAUAAUGCCCAGCUGGAGGAGAGUGGGGAGGGGUUAAAACUCAUGUAACCCAAUAAUGCCCAGCUGGAGGAGAGGGGGGAGGGGUUAAAACUCAUGUAACCCAAUAAUGCCCAGCUGGAGGAGAGGGGAGGGGUUAAAACUCAUGUAACCCAAUAAUGCCCAGCUGUAGGAGAGGGGAGGGGUUAAAACUCAUGUAACCCAAUAAUGCCCAGCUGUAGGAGAGGGGAGGGGUUAAAACUCAUGUAACCCAAUAAUGCCCAGCUGUAGGAGAGUGGGGAGGGGUUAAAACUCAUGUAACCCAAUAAUGCCAAGCUGUAGGAGAGGGGAGGGGUUAAAACUCAUGUAACCCAAUAAUGCCCAGCUUGAUAUUGCUAAAAUUGGUAAUACAAUUAGUCAGUUGUCUUCCCUACAUACACAAACAAACAGCAUUCAAUAAUUGGCAUAUACAUUAGUCUUACAGAAUUCCCACGUGGGCGAGGAUAUUGGAAAUAUAAUCAAACCUAGUGGAUGACAACUUGUUUUUUAACCAGAACAGAAUAAUUUAUAACUUACUUUUUACUACAUAACAUAGGUACAGCAGAUCCCCUUAUUGUAAUGGACACGUUUAAAUGUGCCUUUAGAGGCCAUUCAGUACUUAUUUCUAAAAUGAGUCCCCUGUAGCUCAGUUGGUAGAGCAAGGCGCUUGCAACGCCAGUGUUGUGGGUUCGUUUCCCACGGGGGGCCAGUAUGAAAAUGUAUGCACUCACUAACUGUAAGUCGCUCUGGAUAAGAGCGUCUGCUAAAUGACUAAAAUGUGAAAACAAAAGCAAUUUAGGUCAAAAGAGUUCAUAUUAACAAAGGAAAUAGAGGGACUAACAGUACAAAUAGAUAGCAAUAAAAACAGUACCAUAGAGGCACAGAAUAAGUUACAGGAGAAAUUAAAAGAAAUGGAGGAACUUAUUCAAGAAAGAUCAAGUGUAAUAUAUUAUAAAAAUAAAGCGAACUGGAUGGAAUAUGGGAUAAAAUGCACCAAAUAAUUUUUCUUCAACAUAGAAAUGCUACCAAAAAUAAUUUACUGAAACUUGUUCCAAAAGCCAUAUCUCAGACUGCCCAUCUUAAUCUUUUAUUUUUAUUGGCCAGUCUGAGAUAUGGCUUUUUCUUUGCAUCUCUGCCUAGAAGGUCAGCAUCCCGGAGUCGCCUCUUCACUGUUGACGUUGAGACUGGUGUUUUUAAUGAAGCUGCCAAUUGAGGACCUGUGAGGAGUCUGUUUCUCAAACUAGACACUCUAAUGUAUUUGUCCUCUUGCUCAGUUGUUCACCGGGGCCUCCCACUCCUCUUUCUAUUCUGGUUAGAGCCAGUUUGCGCUGUUCUGUGAAGAGAGUAGUACACAGCGUUGUACGAGAUCUUCAGUUUCUUGGCAAUUUCUCGCAUAGAAUAGCCUUCAUUUCUCAGAACAAGAAUAGACUGACGAGUUUCAGAAGAAAGUUAUUUGUUUCUGGCCAUUUUGAGCCUGUAAUCGAACCCACAAUUGCUGAUGCUCCAGAUACUCAACUAGUCUCAAGAAGGCCAGUUUUAUUGCUUCUUUAAUCAGCACAACAGUUUUCAGCUGUGCUAACAUAAUUGCAAAAGGGUUUUCUAAUGAUCAAUUAGCCUUUUUAAAAUGAUAAACUUGGAUUAGCAAACACAACAUGCCAUUGGAACACAGGACUGAUGGUUGCUGAUAAUGGGCCUCUGUACGCCUAUGAAGAUAUUCCAUUAAAAAUCAGCCGUUUCCAGCUACAAUAGCCAUUUACAACAUUAACAAUGUCUACACUGUAUUUCUGAUCAAUUUGAUGUUAUUUUAAUGGACAAAAAAAGUACUUUUCUUUCGAAAACAAGGACAUUUCUAAGUGACCCCAAACUUUUGAACGGUAGUGUGUGUUUUCGUUUGUCAUCUCCACUAACCAAAUUUAAUUGUAAGGACUCUAUUAAUAAUGUAAAAUGAACAGCUGUACAGAAAGACUCAUGUGAAGGCCUAAUUAUGGAGAAGGAACCUCUAGAUGCAAUUAAAGCCUUCAAGUCAGGACAAACUCCAGGGCUGGAUGGCAUACCAGUUGAGGUAUAUCAAAUAUUGUUUUAUGUACUCAGAGGUCCUUUAUUAGCAUGUUUUAACCACUCCUAUAAAAAUGGUAGAUUAUCAGACACUCAACAAGAAGGUCUGAUUUCAUUAUUACUGAAACAGGACCCAGGUGGUAAAUAUAAAAUAUAAAAAAGUGGAGACCCCUUACACUUCAGUGUUGUGAUGCAAAAAUUCUAGCAAAAUGCAUAGUAUUAAAAAGGUAUUGUCAGAUAUUAUUCAUCCUAAUCAGACAGGUUCUUUACAUGGACGAUACAUUGGAGAUAAUAUAAGACAAGUACUGGAAACAAUAGAACACUAUGAAAAAUCUGGGAAACCAGGCCUGCUAUUCAUAACAGACUUUGAAAAGGCUUUUGAUAAAGUACGACUGGAAUGUAUAUAUAAACUUUCUGAGAAGUAGCCAUUAUUUACUAUUUUACAGCUAGGAUUACUGUAUAUAACUUUAACCCAUUUUAUAAGAGAGUCACUUACAGUACAUCACAAUACAUGCUGUUAACUAAAGUCACUUACAGUACAUCAUAAUACAUGCUGUUAACUAAAGUCACUUACAGUACAUUAUAAUACAUGCUGUUAACUAAAGUCACUUACAGUACAUCAUAAUACAUGCUGUUAACUAAAGUCACUUACAGUACAUUAUAAUACAUGCUGUUAACUAAAGUCACUUACAGUACAUUAUAAUACAUGCUGUUAACUAAAGUCACUUACAGUACAUUAUAAUACAUGCUGUUAACUAAAGUCACUUACAGUACAUCAUAAUACAUGCUGUUAACUAAAGUCACUUACAGUACAUUAUAAUACAUGCUGUUAACUAAAGUCACUUACAGUACAUUAUAAUACAUGCUGUUAACUAAAGUCACUUACAGUACAUUAUAAUACAUGCUGUUAACUAAAGUCACUUACAGUACAUUAAUACAUGCUGUUAACUAAAGUCACUUACAGUACAUCAUAAUACAUGCUGUUAACUAAAGUCACUUACAGUACAUUAUAAUACAUGCUGUUAACUAAAGUCACUUACAGUACAUUAUAAUACAUGCUGUUAACUAAAGUCACUUGCAGUACAUUAUAAUACAUGCUGUUAACUAAAGUCACUUGCAGUACAUUAUAAUACAUGCUGUUAACUAAAGUCACUUACAGUACAUUAUAAUACAUGCUGUUAACUAAAGUCACUUGCAGUACAUUAUAAUACAUGCUGUUAACUAAAGUCACUUACAGUACAUUAUAAUACAUGCUGUUAAUAAAGUCACUUACAGUACAUUAUAAUACAUGCUGUUAACUAAAGUCACUUACAGUACAUUAUAAUACAUGCUGUUAAUAAAGUCACUUGCAGUACAUUAUAAUACAUGUUUAGUAUGUGUCUGUGAUCCAUAGGGGCCCUGGUCAAACGUAGUGCACUAUAUAGGGAAUAGGGUGCUAUUUGGGACAAACACAGUACUGACCCUCUCUCCCUCUGUGUCUCUAGGUGUGAGGAGUACUGACCCUCUCUCCCUCUGUGUCUCUAGGUGUGAGGAGUACUGACCCUCUCUCCCUCUGUGUCUCUAGGUGUGAGGAGUACUGACCCUCUCUCCCUCUGUGUCUCUAGGUGUGAGGAGUACUGACCCUCUCUCCCUCUGUGUCUCUAGGUGUGAGGAGUACUGACCCUCUCUCCCUCUGUGUCUCUAGGUGUGAGGAGUACUGACCCUCUCUCCCUCUGUGUCUCUAGGUGUGAGGAGUAUGCACAGUACAGAUAUCCAGUGGUCUGCCAUCUUGAGUUGGGGCUAUGCUGACAACAUGCUGAGGCUAAAGAGCAAACAGAGUGAACCGCCCAUCAACUUCAUACAGUGCUCUCCACUACACCAGGUAAACUAUCGUACCAAACCUUUAAGAUCGCUAAGCCCUAAAGGUAGAUUUGUACAGCUGACCAAAGAUUAACAACAGGAACCGGGAUCCAUAGAUUUCCCAGGCGAGCUCCCUCCCACCAAGCUUGUUAACUGAAGUGAAUUACAGUACAUCACAAUACAUGUUUAGUAUGUUUCUGUGAUCCAUAGGGGCCCUGGUCAAAAGUAGUGCACUAUAUAGGGAAUAGGACACAAACACACUCUCUUGAGGCUGUUAAUGACAGAUGGAGAAAUAGGAGACUCCACAGCACCUUGAGGCUGUUAAUGACAGAUGGAGAAAUAGGAGACUCCACAGCACCUUGAGGCUGUUAAUGACAGAUGGAGAAAUAGGAGACUCCACAGCACCUUGAGGCUGUUAAUGACAGAUGGAGAAAUAGGAGACUCCACAGCACCUUGAGGCUGUUAAUGACAGAUGGAGAAAUAGGAGACUCCACAGCACCUUGAGGCUGUUAAUGACAGAUGGAGAAAUAGGAGACUCCACAGCACCUUGAGGCUGUUAAUGACAGAUGGAGAAAUAGGAGACUCCACAGCACCUUGAGGCUGUUAAUGACAGAUGGAGAAAUAGGAGACUCCACAGCACCUUGAGGCUGUUAAUGACAGAUGGAGAAAUAGGAGACUCCACAGCACCUUGAGGCUGUUAAUGACAGAUGGAGAAAUAGGAGACUCCACAGCACCUUGAGGCUGUUAAUGACAGAUGGAGAAAUAGGAGACUCCACAGCACCUUGAGGCUGUUAAUGACAGAUGGAGAAAUAGGAGACUCCACAGCACCUUGAGGCUGUUAAUGACAGAUGGAGAAAUAGGAGACUCCACAGCACCUACUGUAUGAAGAAGACUCCCCAUUCAGCUUUGUUAAUCAUUCCCUCUCUCUCUAGGUAACAGCGUGUGCCUGGGUGUCUGAUGGUUGUCAGCUGUUUACCGGCAGUAGAUGUGGAGUCAUCACGGCCUACAUUAACCGCUUCAGUACAUCUACUGUGAGUAGUACAAGCCUAUCCUCCUCUCUCUCUCUCUCUCCUCUCUCUCUCUCUCUCUCUCUCUCGCUCGUCCUCUCCUUUCUCUCUCUCCUUCUCUCUCUCUCUCUCCUGCGUCCUCUCGCUAUCUCUUUCUCUCUCUCCUCUUCGUCUCUGCUCUCUCUCGCUCUCUCCUCUCUCUCUCUCCUCUCUCCCUAAAUUAUAAAUAUAUAAUAUAAUAUAUAUAUAUUAUAUACACACUACAUGACCAAAAGUAUGUGGACACCUGCUCCUCGAACAUCUCAUUCCAAAAUCUUGGGCAUUAAUAUGGAGUUGGUCCCCCCUUUGCUGCUAUAACAGCCUCCACUCUUCUGGGAAGGCUUUCCACUAGAUGUUGGAACAUUGCUGUGGGGACUUGCUUCCAUUCAGCCACAAGAGCAUUAGUGAGGUCGGGCACUGAUGUUUGGUGAUUGGGCCUGGCUCGCAGUCGGCGUUCCAAUUCAUCCCAAAGGUGUUCGAUGGGGUUGAGGUCAGGGCUCUGUGCAGGCCAGUCAAGUUCUUCCACACCGAUCUCGACAAACCAUUUCUGUAUAGACCUCGCUUCGUGCAUGGGGACAUUGUCAUGCUGAAACAGGAAAGGACCUUCCCCAAACUGUUGCCACUAAGUUGGAAGCACAGAAUCGUCUAGAAUGUCAUUGUAUGCUGUAGCAUUAAGAUUUCCCUUCACUGGAACUAAGGGGCCUAGCCCAAACCAUAAAAAAACAUUAUUCAUCCUCCACCAAACUUUACAGUGCAUUGGGGCAGGUAGCGUUCUCCUGGCAUCCGCCAAACUCAGAUUAGUCCCUUGGACUGCCAGAUGGUGAAGCAUGAUUCAUCACUCCAGAGAACUUCCACUGCUCCAGAGUCCAAUGGCGGCGAGCUUUACACCACUCCAGCCGACGCUUGGCAUUGCUCAUGGUGAUUUUAGGCUUGUGUGCGGCUGCUCGGCCAUGGAAACCCAUUUCAUGAAGCCCCCAACAAACAGUUCUAAUGCUGACGUUGCUUCCAGAGGCAGUUUGGAACUCGGUAGUGAGUGUUGCAACCGAGAACAGACGAUUUUUACGCAGUACACGCUUCAGCACUCGGCGGUCCCCGUUCUGUGAGCUUGUGUGGCCUACCACUUCGUGGCUGAGCGGUUGUUGCUCCUAGACGUUUCCACUUCACAAUAACAGCACUUCGAUUUGUCUGUCCAUAACACUUUUUUCCAAUCUUCCUCUGUCCAGUGUUCUUUUGCCUAUCUUAAUCUUUUCUUUUUAUUGGCCAGUCUGAGAUAUGGCUUUUUCUUUGCAACUCUGCCUAGAAGGUCAGCAUCCCGGAGUCGCCUCUUCACUGUUGACGUUGAGACUGGUGUUUUGCGGGUACUAUUUAAUGAAGCUGCCAGUUGAUGACCUGUGAGGCAUCUGUUUCUCAAACUAGACACUCUAAUGUAUUUGUCCUCUUGCUCAGUUGUGCACCGGGGCCUCCCACUCCUCUUUCUAUUAUGGUUAGAGCCAGUUUGUGCUGUUCUGUGAAGGGAGUAGUACACAGCGUUGUACGAGAUCUUCAGUUUCUUGGCAAUUUCUCGCAUGGAAUAGCCUUCAUUUCUCAGAACAAGAAUAGACUGACGAGUUUCAGAAGAAAGUUAUUUGUUUCUGGCCAUUUUGAGCUUUGAGUUUUAUUGCUUCUUUAAUCAGCACAACAGUUUUCAGCUGUGCUAACAUAAUUGCAAAAGGGUUUUCUAAUGAUCAAUUAGCCUUUUAAAAUGAUAAACUUGGAUUAGCAAACACAACAUGCCAUUGGAACACAGGACUGAUGGUUUCUGAUAAUGGGCCUCUGUACGCCUAUGUAGAUAUUCCAUUAAAAAUCAGCUGUUUCCAGCUACAAUAGCCAUUUACAACAUUAACAAUGUCUACACUGUAUUUCUGAUCAAUUUGAUGUUAUUUUAAUGGACAAAAAAAAAUUGCUUUUCUUUCGAAAACAAGAAUUUCUAAGUGACCCCAAACUUUUGAACAGUAGCAUAUGUUAACAUUACCAAAGUAAGUGGAAUAGAUAAUAAACAAAAGUGAAAUAAACAAUAAAUAUUAACAGUAAACAUUACACUCAGAAGUUCCAAAAGAAUAAAGACAUUUCAAAUGUCAUAUUAUGUCUAUAUACAGUGUUGUAACAAUGUGCAAAUAGUUAAAGUACAAAAGGGAAAAUAAAUAAACAUAAAUAUGGGUUGUAUUUACAAUGGUGUUUGUUCUUCACUGGUUGCCCUUUUCUUGUGGCAACAGGUCACAAAUCUUGCAGCUGUGAUGGAACACUGUGGUUUUUCACCCAGUAGAUAAGGGAGUUUAUCAAAAUUGGGUUUGUUUUCUAAUUCUUUGUGGGUCUGUGUAAUCAGAGGGAAAUAUGUGUCUCUAAUAUGGUCAUACAUUUGGCAGGAGGUUAGGAUAUGCAGCUCAGUUUCCACCUCAUUUUGUGGGCAGUGUGCACAUAGCCUGUCUUCUCUUGAGAGCCAGGUCUCUCUCUCUCUCUUUAACAGCACCACAUUGAGUACAGUACCGUGGGUCUCCAUGGCAACACCCUCAGUCACCCUCCCCCUCCACCCAUCCUCCUCUCUCCAUCCUUCCGUCCGUCUGCCUCCACAUCAACACCCACUGACCACCAUUAUCCCUCCCCUAGACCCCCACAGUGCAUACUCUAUGUCUCGCUCCAUCGCUCUCUCCCUCCCUCUCUAUCUCUCUCUCACUCUCUCACUCUCUCUCUCUCUCUCUCUCUCUCUCUCUCUCUCUCUCUAUCAAUUGAAUUAAAUUAAAUUCAUUAGACUUUAUUGACAUGGCAAGUUCAAUAACUUACAUUGUCAAAGUAUAAUUAUUUGUACUGAAUGAUAAUUUUGGGAAAGAAAGAUUCUCUUAGGUCUGAGUAUUUGUCACAGUGUAAUAGGAAAUGCAGCUCUGUCUCUACCUCUCCCCGGGGGCAGAGUGAGCACAGCCUGUCCUCUCUGGGCAGCCAGGUUUGCCUGUGACGACCGGUCUCUAUAGCCAGACUGUGCUCACUGAGUCUGUACCUAGUCAUUGUUUUCCUCAGUUUUCUAUCAGUCACAGUGGUCAGAUAGUCUGCCACCAUGUACUGUCUGUUUAGAGCCAAAUAGCAUUGAAGUUGACUUAGAUUUUCUGUGGUGUCUUUGCAAUAGGUGAUAUAUUUUUAUUUUUGCUUUGUGAUGAUUUGGUUGGGCCAGAUUUUCUGAGUGCUGUCUUGAGGCUCUAUGGUUUGGGUUAGUGAACUGAGCCUCAGAACCAGCUGGCUGAGGGGACUCUUCUCUUGAUUCAUCUCUUGACAUAGUAGAGCUGUGUGAUGGAAUGUUUUGGGGUCACUUGUUUUUAGAUGGUUGUAAAAUGUUAUGGCUUUUUUUUCUAUUUGAAUAAGGAGGGGGUAUUGGCCCAAUUCUGCUCUACAUGCGUUAUUUUGAGUUUUUCUUUGCACUUGCAAUACAGUCUUGGAAAACUCUGCAUGCAGUGUUUCGAUUGGAUGUUUGUCCCAUUUGCUCAAUUCAUUAUUAGAGAGCGGACCCCAUACUUCGCUGCCAUAUAGAGCAAUUGGUUCUAUAACUGAUUGGAAAAUCUUAAGCCAGAUUCUAAUUGGAAUUUCAAUUUUAAUGUUCCUUUUAAUGGCAUAGAAUGCUCUUCUUGCUUUGUCUCUCAGCUCGUUCACAGCCAUGUGAAAGCUACCUGUGUUGCUGAUAUUUAGUCCUAGAUAUGUGUAGUUUUUGGUGUGUUCUAACAGAACUGUGUCCAAAUAGAAUUUAUAUUUGUGAUCCUGAUUUCUGGACCUUUUUUUGGAAUAUCAUCAUAUUCAGGUUUUUUAGAUUAACGGUCAGAGCCCAGGUCUGACAGAACCUGUGCAGAUGAUCUAGAUGCUGCUGUAACCCCUCCUUAGUGGGAGACAGUAGCACCAGGUCAUCUGCGUACAGCAGACACUUGAUUUCAGUGUUGUGUAGGGUGAGACCAGGUGCUGCAGAUUCUGCUAAUGUUUUUGCCAAUUCAUUAAUGUAGAUGUUAAAUAGUGUUGGACUUAUUGGGCAGCCCUGUUUCACUCCACGUCCCUGAGAGAAGAAGUCUGUUUGCUUGUUGCCGAUUUUAACCGCACAUUUGUUUUUAGUGUACAUUGAUUUAAUAACAUCAUAUGUUAUCCCUCCAAUACCACUUUCUAUUAGCUUAUUAAAAAAAGACCUUUGUGACAAAUUAAAUCAAAUGCUUUCUUGAAGUCUACAAAACAUGAGUAGAUUUAGCCUUUGUUGUGGUUGACUUGUUUGUCAGUUAGUGUGGAGGGUGUAAAUGUGGUCUGGUGUACGAUAAUUUGUUACAAAUCCAAUCUGGCUUCUGCUCAGGACGUUGUGUUCAUCAAGGAAAUGACGUGGUCUGCUAUUUAUAAUACUGCAGAGAAUUUACCCCAAGUUGCUGUUAACGCAAAUUCCUCUGUAAUUAUUUGGGUCAAAUUUUCCAAAAUUUUUAUAGAUUGGUGUGAUCAAUCCUUGGUUCCAAAUAUCGGGGGAAAUACCUGCAGUGAGGAUAAUGUUCAAUAGUUAGAGUAUAUCCGAAUUUGUGGUCUAUAUAUUUGAUCAUUUCAUUUAAAAUACCAUCAGCACCACAGGCCUUUUUGGGUUGGAGAGUGCAUCGUUUUUCCAAUAAUUAUUGUUCUGUAAUUGGGGUAUCCACAAGAUUCUGAUAGUCUUUGACUGCUGAUUCAAGGAUUUGUAAUUUUUUUUGUAUAUCUUGUUGUUCUGGGCUCUUUGUUAUAUUGCUGUAGAGGUUUGCAAAGUGAUUUCUCCACAUAUCCCCAUUUUGGAUAUCCAAUUCCUCAUGAUGAGGUUUGUUUAAUUUAUUCAAAUUCUCCCAGAAGUGGGUUGAUGGAUUCCUCAAUUACAUCCAGCUGAUUUCUAAUGUGCUGUUCCUUUUUUGUUCUUAGGGUGUGUUUGUAUUGCUUCAGUGUUUCCCAUUUUGAAAGAUUAUUUUUUUGUUGUCUGGUUCUCUGUGUUUCUGAUUAGAUACACUACCGGUCAAAAGUUUUAGAACACCUACUCAUUCAAGGGUUUUUCUUUAUUUUUACUAUUUUCUACAUUGUAGAAUAAUAGUGAAGACAUCAAAUCUAUGAAAUAACACAGAUGAAAUCAUGUAGUAACCAAAAAAAAUGUUAAACAAAUCAAAAUAUAUUUUAUAUUUGAUAUUCCUCAAAUAGCCACCCAUUGCCUUGAUGACAGCUUUGCACACUCUUGGCAUUCUCUCAACCAGCUUCAUGAGGUAGUCACCUGGAAUGCAUUUCAAUUAACAGGUGUGCCUUCUUAAAAGUUAAUUUGUGGAAUUUCUUUCCUUAAUGCGUUUGAGCCAAUCAGUUGUGUUGUGUCAAGGUAGGGGUGGUAUACAGAAGAUAGCCCUAUUUGGUAAAAGACCAAGUCCAUAUUAUGGCAAGAACAGCUCAAAUAAUCAAAGAGAAACGACAGUCCAUCAUUACUUUAAGACAUGAAGGUCAGUCAAUAUGGAACAUUUCAAGAACUUUGAAAGUUUCUUCAAGUGCAGUCGCAAAAACCAUCAAGCGCUAUGAUGAAACUGGCUCUCAUGAGGACCGCCACAGGAAUGGAAGACCCAGAGUUACCUCUGCUGCAGAGGAUAAGUUCAUUAGAGUUACCAGCCUCAGAAAUUGUAGCCCAAAUAAAUUCUUCACAGAGUUCAAGUAACAGACACAUCUCAACAUCAACUAUUCAGAGGAGACUGUGUGAAUCAGGCCUUCAUGGUCGAAUUGCUGCAAAGAAACCACUACUAAAGGACACCAAUAAGAAGAAGAGACUUGCUUGGGCCAAGAAACACGAGCAAUGGACAUUAGACCGGUGGUUCCAACCGCCGUGUCUUUGUGAGACGCAGUGUGGGUGAACGGAUGAUCUCCGCAUGUGUGGUUCCCAAUUUAAAGCAUGGAGGAGGAGGUGUUAUGGUGUGGGGGUGCUUUGCUGGUGACACUGACUGUGAUUUAUUUAGAACACUUAACCAGCAUGGCUACCACAGCAUUCGGCAGCGAUAUGCCAUCCCAUCUGGUUUGGGCUUAUUGGGACUAUAAUUUGUUUUUCAACAGGACAAUGACCCAACACACCUCCAGGCUUUGUAAUGGCUAUUUUACCAAAAGAGAUUGGAUUUUUUUGGCUACUAAUUGUUUUUUGGUAGAUUUCUGUACUGUUUGCACUCCAUCUAUAGGCCUGUUUUAGCCAUGAUUGGGCCAUGAUGCUUCAUGGUUGGGUUCUGCUCUUCUCAGAUACACUGUGAUUUUACUGUGGUCUGAGAGAGGUGUUAGUGGGCUGACUGUGAAGGCUCUGGGAGACUCUGGGUUGAGGUCGGUGAUUAAGUAGUCUACAGUACUGCUGCCAAGGGAUGAGCUGUAGGUGAACCUACCAAAAGAGUCCCCUCUUAGCCUACCAUUGACUAUGUACAGACCCAGUGUUCAAUAGAGCUUCAGGAGAUGGUCUCCAUUUUAGUUUUUCACUUUGUCAUAGUUGUUUCUGGGGCGGUAUGUGGGGAGGGAAAGGUUGUUGCUUCCCGGUAGGUGUUUGUCCCCAUGACUGUUAAUAGUGUCUAGUUCUUCUGCUGUUCUAGCAUUCAGGUCUCCACAGACCAGCACGUUGCCUUGAGCCUGAAAGUGACUAAUCUCCCCCUUUAGAAUGGAGAAACUCUCUUCAUUGAAGUAGGAUGACUCUGAGGGGGGAAUGUCUGUGGCACAGAGGAAUACAUUUUUAUCGGUUAAGAUGGCCUCCUUAUUGAUAUUUAACCAGAAUUCUCCUGUUUUGAUCAAUUCCAUUGAAUGACUUAGUUCGUUAGUUAGUAAAUACCAUAGUAGCAUUUUUCUCCCUGAAGCUGCUAUUUCUGGAGUUCUUUACUUGGUGAUGUGUGUAUCUUCCUCCUCCUCCUCCUCCUCCUCCCUGUGUGUAUCUAGAUGUUAACCCCCUCCUCCCUGUGUGUAUCUAGAUGUUAACCCCCUCCUCCCUGUGUGUCUCCUCUCCCUGCAGCCUGCGGAGAUGGAGGUGGAGUCCCAGGUCCACCUGUACGGCCACAGCUCUGAGGUGACCAGCCUCCAUGUGUGCAAACCAUACAGCAUCCUUAUCUCCGUCUCCAGGGACGGAACAUGCAUCCUCUGGGACCUCAACAGGUGGGUGUCUGUUUACCUGUCUACUGUACGUGGUAGCUUAGCCUGGCAAUCUAACAAUGACCAUUGUUUUGUUUAUGUCAUUUAUAUGGAGGUGUUUGUCUUGCUAGGUUGUGUUAUGUCCAGAGCCUGACGGGUCACAAGAGCCCGGUGACAGCAGUGUCAGCCAGUGAGACCACAGGGGACAUCGCAACUGUCUGUGACUCAGGUGAGGACCUGGAUGUUUCUGUACAUGGAAUAGUCUAGUGUGAGGACCUGUCUGUCUGUCUGUCUCUCUGUACAGUAACUACCAGGUCCUCACACUAGACUAUUCCAUGUACAGAAAAAACCAAGUCUGUCUAACUGUCUCUCUGUCUCUCUGUCUCUCUGUCUGUCUGUCUGUCUGUCUGUCUGUGUAUCACUCAUCCUCUCUAACCUAUGAUGUCAUUGUGUAUUUCCAGUGGGCGGGGGCAGUGACCUACGGUUGUGGACGGUGAACGGCGAUCUGAUUGGCCACGUCCACUGCCGUGAGAUCAUCUGCUCUGUGGCGUUCUCCAAUCAGCCGGAGGGAGUGUCUGUCAAUGUCAUUGCAGGGGGACUGGAGAACGGAGUGGUCAGGUGAGCAGCUUCCCAUGUCUGUCUGUCUGUCUGUCUGUCUGUGUCUCUCUCUCUCUGUCUGUCUGUCUGUCUGUCUGUCUGUCUGUCUGUCUGUGUCUGUCUCUGUCUCUGUCUGUCUGUCUGUCUGUCUGUCUGUCUGUCUGUCUGUCUGUCUGUCUGUCUCUGUCUGUCUGUCUGUCUGUCUGUCUGUCUGUCUGUCUGUCUGUAUGUGUCUGUCUGUCUGUCUGUCUGUCUGUCUGUCUGUCUGUCUGUCUGUCUGUCUCUGUCUGUCUGUCUGUCUGUCUGUCUGUCUGUCUGUCUGUCUGUCUGUCUGUCUGUCUGUCUGUCUGUCUGUCUGUCUGUCUCUGUUUGUCUGUCUCUGUUUGUCUGUCUGUCUGUCUGCCUGUCUGUCUCUCUGUCUCUCUGUCUCUGUCUGUCUGUCUGUCUGUCUGUCUGUCUGUCUGUCUGUCUCUUGUCUCUCUGUCUCUCUCUCUCUCUGUCUCUCUCUCUCUCUGUCUGUCUGUGUAUGAGGCUGGUGAGAGGGCACGGUGAUGAGCUUGAUGCUCCUUUCCAAUAAAUAUAGAGGGUCUUAUUCUGGUGACAUGAUGAUCGAUGCUUGGUUGCCGUUUGACAAAUAAAAGUAAUCUCACUAUUUUUUCAAUAAUAAUCUCCUCAUGUACAAUGCCUUCAGAAUGUGUUCACACCCUUGACUUUACAAUUUUUUGGUUACAAAGUGGAAUUAUGUUUUUUGACAUUUUUACAAAUAAUUAAUAGCUGAAAAGUCUUUGUUAUGGCCAGACUAAAUAAGUUCAGGAGUAAAAAUGUGCUUAACAUGUCACAUAAUAAGUUGCAUGGACUCACUCUGUGUGCAAUAAUAGUGUUUAACAUGAUUUCUUAAUGACUACCUCAUCUCUGUACCCCACACAUACAAUUAUCUGUAAGGUCCCUCAGUUGAGCAGUGAAUUUCAAACACAGAUUCAACCACAAAGAACCAGGGAGGUUUUUCCAAUGAGUGCCUCGCCAAAGAAGGGCAACCUAUGGGUAGAUGGGUUAAAAAAAAAGCAGACAUUGAAUAUCCCUUUGAGCCAUAGUGAAAGUUAUUUAUUACACUUUGGAUGGUGUAUCAAUACACCCAGUCACUACAACAAGGGAUUACAUGCGUGCCUUGCCUAACUCAGUUGGCGGAGAGGAAGGAAACCCUCUGGGAUUUCCACCAUGAGGCCAAUGGUGGACUUUUAAAAACAGUUACAGGAGUUUAUUGGCUUUUGAUAGGAGAGAAAAUUGAUGGAUGGAUCAACAACCAUUUGGUAGUUACUCCACAAUAACUAACCUAAUUGACAGAGUGAAAAAGAAGGAAGCCUGUACACAAUACAAUAUUCCAAAACAUUUAUCCUGUUUGCAAUAGGCACUAAAGUAAAUGUGGCAAAGAAAUAAACUUUAUGUCCUGAAUACAAAGUGUUAUGUUUGGGGCAAAUCCAACAAAACACAUCACUGAGUACCACUCUUCAUAUUUACAAGCAUAGUGGUGGCUGCAUCAUGUUAUGGGUAUGCUUGUCAUCGUUAAGGACAAAGGAGCUUUUUAGGAUAAAAAGUAACGGAAUAGAGCUAAGCACAGGCAGAAUCCCAGAGGAAAACCUGGUUCAGUCUGCUUUCCAACACUGGGAGAGAAAUUCACCUUUCAGCAGGACAAUAACCUAAAACACAAGGCCAAAUAAACAGUGGCCGAGUUAGUUCUGACUUAAAUCUACUUGAAAAUCUAUGGCAAGACCUGAAAAUGGCUGUCUAGCAAUGAUCAACAACCAAUUUGACAGAGCUUGAAGAAUUUUGAAAAUAAUAAUGGGCAAAUGUUGCAGAAUCCAGGUGUGGAAAUCUCUUAGAGACUGACCCAGAAAGACUGACAGCUGUAAUCGCUGCUAAAGGUGAUUCUAACAUGUAUUGACUCAGGGGGGGUUGAAUACUUACAGUAUUUCUGUAUUUCAUUUUCAAAACAUUUACCAAAAUGUCUAAAAAACAUGUUUUCACUUUGUCAUUAUGGGGUAUUGUCUAGAUGGGUGAAAAAAUAAUCUGUUUUAAUCCAUUUUGAAUUCAGGCUGGAACACAACAUAAUGUGGAAUAAGUGGAGGGGUAUGAAUACUUUCUGAAGGCACUGUAGACUAGUCUACCCACACUGUAUCUGCAAGCUGUUGGCUAGAGAGCACAUGCCAAGACCAGGGUGGGGGCACAUUCGCUAUAGAAGACCAUUUUUGGCAAUGGAAACCCAUUUUAACUUGGAUUGUUUUAUUCGGUACAUUGGAACAUAACAAACGUUAUGUUUCUGUACGCUACAUCAUCACAGACUUUUAUCUGCAACAAAUCAAUUUAAUGGAAACAUCUCUGCUGGGAAAAUGCACAUAUUGUUUUUAUGCAAAUUUUUGAAUAUUCGCAAGGAAAUCUGUCGCCAAUUGGAUGGAAACUUAGCUAGUGACACAAAGAUGUUGUGAAUGAGCGGGGGCUUCCUGAAUGAAUGUAAAUAACACACCUCUUUCCUUUCCCUGUCAUCACAACCAUUCAGGCUGUGGAGCACUUGGGACUUGAAGCCAGUGAGAGAGAUCACCUUCCCCAAGUCUAACAAGCCCAUCAUCAGCCUGACGUAUUCAUGUGACGGCCACCACCUCUACACAGCUAACAGCGAGGGGACGGUCAUGGCCUGGUGUAGGAGAGACCAGCAGAGGAUGAAACUGCCCAUGUUCUACAGCUUCCUCUCUAGCUACGCUGCCAGCUGACAGACAGGGCCUUAAAGGACUACACUACCCACAAUCCUCCCGAGAGACGUGAUUACAAUACCCACAGUCCUAUUCUGACGCAUGGCUCCAGACUACCCGCUUAGAGACCGCAUGUUGAGUCAGAACUACAAUACCCACAGUCCUCUGCUCUUAUGGCGGCCCCCAGACCUCCCGGCAUUUUGAGUCAGAACUACAAUACCCAUAGUUCUCUUCUCUUCUGACGCAUUGCUCCAGACUACCCUGGGACAAAACUACAAUAACCACAGUUCUCCAGGCGGACAGAACAGCCCGAGCCUCUCCGUGAGCAGUCAGUCCCCUUCUCUCCCCCC